GCUGAUGACGUCAUCAUUCCACGCGUGUUGCGCUGAGCUGCAGACAAUGCACAGGUGAAAGGGGGGUAGUGUCUGUAAUGUGUCAUCACCGUGACCGUGCAAGGACAUUACAAUCAUGUAUGUGUGACAGCAUGGGGUGAUAUGAGCUGACCACCAUCAGUGUGACAGCAGCAUGGUGACAUGAACUGACCACCAUCAGUGUGACAGCAGCAUGGUGACAUCAGUGUGACGGCAGCAUGGUGACAUCAGUGUGACGGCAGCAUGGUGACAUGAGCUGACCACCAUCAGUGUGACGGCAGCAUGGUGACGGCAGCAUGGUGACAUCAGUGUGACGGCAGCAUGGUGACAUGAGCUGACCACCAUCAGUGUGACGGCAGCAUGGUGACAUGAACUGACCACCAUCAGUGUGACGGCAGCAUGGUGACAUGAACUGACCACCAUCAGUGUGACGGCAGCAUGGUGACAUGAGCUGACCACCAUCAGUGUGACGGCAGCAUGGUGACAUGAGCUGACCACCAUCAGUGUGACGGCAGCAUGGUGACAUGAGCUGACCACCAUCAGUGUGACGGCAGCAUGGUGACAUGAGCUGACCACCAUCAGUGUGACGGCAGCAUGGUGACAUGAACUGACCACCAUCAGUGUGACGGCAGCAUGGUGACAUGAGCUGACCACCAUCAGUGUGACAGCAGCAUGGUGACAUGAGCUGACCACCAUCAGUGUGACGGCAGCAUGGUGACAUGAGCUGACCACCAUCAGUGUGACAGCAGCAUGGUGACAUGAACUGACCACCAUCAGUGUGACGGCAGCAUGGUGACAUGAGCUGACCACCAUCAGUGUGACCGCAGGAUGGUGACAUGAACUGACCACCAUCAGUGUGACGGGAGCAUGGUGACAUGAGCUGACCACCAUCAGUGUGACCGCAGGAUGGUGACAUGAACUGACCACCAUCAGUGUGAUGGGAGCAUGGUUACAUGAUCUGGGCAUCGUUAAUGCGACAUAAGCUGGCCAUCUAAAGAUGCCCAGCACUUGGCUCACUAAAGGAGUUUUAGGAGCAUUGUGACAUGAGUUGGGCAUCCUCACUGUGACAGAGGCACUGUUUAAUCAGUGUGGUAGGAGCUGGGCAUCUUCAGAGUGACUGGAGCAAAACAUCAUUGUAACAGGAGCAUGGGGACAGGAACACGAUAUCAUCAGAGUGAGCAUGCUUUCAUGAGCUAGGCAUCAUUAGUAUGACAGAGCCACGCGCGCAUUCAAACAGUCCAUAUGAAAGCCUGGUAGACAGCCACUAGAGGAAGACUUAAUCCUGCAAGGUAAUUAUUGCAGUUUAUAAAAACUGCAAUAAUUACACUUGCAGGGUUAAGGAUGAUGGGAGUUGGCACCCAGACCACUUCAAUGAGCUGAAGUAGUCUGGGUGCCUACAGUGUCCUUUUAAAUGCUGAAUUUACUUUGAAUUUCUGGCAUUUGAGUGAAUAACUUUCUAACAAUGUUCACUGCAUUUAAUUGACACUCUACUGCCCAUUUACAUAAUGGGGGGAAAAAACAACUGUUUAGUAGAUAUACCCCAAUGACAACUUGCAUGUAUUUAAUUAUGUUGUUUUUCAUAGGGGAUAUAUCUUAAAAACAGAUUGCAAAACAUGCAAAUCUUUUUGCUGCUUUCUGAGUUUAGCUCAGGGGUCUGGAGUGUUCCAGUAUUAAUCAUUCUUCUUUGGGACAAUCAUCCAGAAAGAUCUGCCAAACACAGUGAGAUUUAGGGUCACAUUUAGCUAAAUGAGAUCUUCUAAGUGCCCCUAUAAACACACAGACAGAUUUGUUCAGAAAUGUCCACGUUAUGGAAGCAGCAUGGGAAUCGAGGCUUCCAUAAUCAGUGUUUUUGUCAAUUGCUCGGAAAUAGUUCAACAAAUAUCAGGUCUGCACUAGACACAAUUACCUGUAGUGGGUACAUUACUCAAUGUCCUUUUAAUUAUGCAGUAUGGUUUGCAGAUUUUUUUCCCCCAUGUAGAAAACGUUGUUUUUUUUUGUAUUGCUCAGACUGCUGAGACCAAUUAUAAACUAACGCAAAUUCUGUGUGGAUCACCAGCAGAUGCUUCAGAUUGUACUGGUUCCCGAGGUCUUGCAAGCACCUCACCGACUAGCUUUGCUUAUCCGUGUAUGCAAAUCCAUGCAGAAACAGAUGUUAGUGAUUAAAACGACAGAUUCACCCCUAGGUAUAAUAUGUUACCUUGGUUAGUUUGGGAUCUCAAAUGCAAAUGUAAACUCUGAUUGCAGAGAACCUUAUUAAUUGUUUUAGUUCUUAACAACCCGUCAUUAAAGAGACAUUUACUGAAACACUGCUAAAUUAAAUAAUCUUGGUACCUAUCAGCAUCUGGGAGAACAAUGUGUAACUACAUCAAGAGUCAAAUAGCUGUGUAUAAAAAGCGCUACAGUAGAAUUCAUAAAAAGGUCUACUACUUGUAGUGGUUACUGUUGUAUUUUUGUGCCCCUGGGGUGGGAUUUGCUGACAUACAUUAGUCAGCAGCUUAUUUCUGGUGAUAUAAUUAAAUGUAGAAACGCUCACUGCUGUGUUUAAUUCUAUUCUGGAACUGUAAGCCUCCAUCUUGGCUCCCUGUGAAUCAUUGUUAUGAAAACAGCCUUACACCUAUCAGCCUAGUGAUAAGAAGGGAAAGAGAAACAAUGUUUGUUUAUCAUUCCAAGGAACGUGUGCCUUGGCUGUGCCAGGACUGAAGUGGAUUGUGAUGUCAAUUAGUAACUCUAGAAAAUACAUAUAAAAGAAAAUAAAGCAUCACAUAAAAAAUACUCUACAGGAAUUUCUGUGUUUUAUUCAAUGAUAUUACAUUCUAUAGUGACAGUUAAACAAUUGUAUCAGUUUUGAAUAAUUUUUUUUUAAAACUUUUUUGUUUUUUGGUUCGUCUUCAGUUUAUCCAAAUCCUACAAACUGGUCCAUAUUGUAGAUCAAGUAAACCGUGAAUGACACUGUUCCUUUAUUUAUUUCCUUAGUCCAGGCUUCCCCAAACUCCGGCCCCCCAGAUGUUGCUGAGCUACAACUCCCAUGAUUCUAUGAAUGAAAUAGGCUGAGAAUCAUUGGAGUUGUAGUUCAGCAACAUCUGGAGAAGCCGGAGUUUGGGGAAGCCUGCCUUAGUUGACCAGCAAAAAAAAAAAGAUUUUUUUAAUGCUUUGUUAUUUUGAUCUAAGAAAUUAAAUCCUUGUCAGUUCUCCACAAUUCUCCGUUUGGUAAAUAAAUUCUGCAAGCAAGUAACGUAUAUACUCGAGUGUAAGUCGACCCGAAUAUAAGUCGAGACCCCUAAUUUUACCCCCAAAAACUGGGAAAACUUAUUGACUCGAGUAUAAGACUAGGGUGGGAAAUGCAGCAGCUACUGGUAAAUUUCUAAAUAAAAUUAGAUCCCCAAAAAAUUAUAUUGAAUAUUUAUUUACAGUGUGUGUAUAUAAUGAAUGCAGUGUGUGUUUGUGUAUAUGAUGCAGAGCCUUGGUGGGUGGUGGGCAUUUUUAUAAUUUUUUUUUUUAUAUAUAUUUUUUAAUAUUAUUAAUAUUUUUAUUUUAUUAUUAAAUUUUUUAAAAUAUUUUUUUGUCCCCCCCUCCCUGCUUGAUACAUGGUCAGGGAGGGGGGCUCUGAUUCCCUGGUGGUCCAGUGGCAUUUGCUGUGAAGGAGGAGGGCUGGCAGAGAGUUGUUACUUACCUUUCCUGCAGCUCCUGUCAGCUCCCUUCUCCUCCGGUCCGGUCAGCUCCCCUGUCAGCUCCACUGCAAGUCUCGUGGUCUGAGUGCCGCGCAACGCUGUGACCCCGCGGCUCUCGCGAGACUUACAGUGGGAGCUGACGGGAGAGCUGACGGACCGGAGGAGAGAGAAGGGAGCUGCAGGACAGGUAAGUUACAGCUCUCUGACAGUCCCCAACAGGACAAGCCUGGCGGUCCUGGUCUGUAUUAUGGCAAUGUAAGUUGCCAUAAUACAGACAGUGACUCGAGUAUAAGUCGAGUGGGGUUUUUUCAGCUUAAAAAAUGUGCCGAAAAACUCGUCUUAUACUCGAGUAUCGAUGGUAAAUGAGAUUUUAGAUAUUUAUAUAAAAAUAAGAAGAAAGUUUCCAGGUAGCAUGGGUAAUUAUAGUAGAAUUAGGCUAACCACUCUCUCUUUGUUAACCCUUUAAUAAAACCCAACCAAGCAUUUCACGCCCAGCUGCUGAAAUCACUGCUCAGAAAAAGUGGGAUCCAGGUUUUUAAAAUAUAUAUCCACUAUAGAAAAAGAAAAUGCUUCUAUAAGAAGAUGCAUCACAUUCAGGGAGAAUUUUUAAAGUGAUAAUUGCUUCCAGCUAGUUUGGCCUGAAAUUUAAAAUUCGCUUAGAAUUACUGACAAUUUUCAAUUUGGUAAAUAACUCUGUUAUUAUCAUCAGCUUGGCACUGUUCCCAUGUUGCCCUUUUUUCUUGUCUUUGUAAUUACUGCAGCCUCAUGGGGCCUUAUGUCAGGUUGUAAAGGACUCUUCUCAAACUGGUAUUGAGAUAUAUAUAUAUAUAUAUAUAUAUAUAUAUAUAUAUAUAUAUAUAUAUAUAUAUAUAUAUAUAUAUAUAUAUAUAUAUAUAUAUAUAAUUUUAUUUUCUUAAUAACUAGGGUAUAUUUGUAAAAAAAAUUUUUUAAUUUUUUUAUCUAAUAUUUAAUCUCUUGUCUGGAAGUGGUGCUAGCUCCCAACAGAGUGACCAUGGAAAAUGGACAUUAUCCAGCAGUGAUGACGAAGAGGAGACGUCCAUAAAACCCUCUACAUCAUCAUCAUCAUCAUUAUCCGCAAACAGAGACAGCAAAGACUCUAUGCCACAGUAUCCCUGCUCUGAAGCCAGGAAAGCUUCUCACAAACGGAAGUCAAACCCAGUGAAAUUCGAGGAACAUGCGCACAGUAAGGGUGCCUCGCCUGCCAAAAAACUGAAAUCAGACAAGGAUGAUUCUGGCUGGUGUCUGUCGAGUAGCGAUGAGGAAACCAAGCCAUCCCACAAGGUCAAGGUUAAAAUCGAAAAGGAUGGAGUAAAGAAACAGCCACUAGACAAUCAGCAGGGUCCGAGCACACAGACACAUGGGAAAUAUAAAACUCCAAGCGACUCCCAGGAUCCCUGGGAUGUACUUCAGGCUGGGGAACCAUUCCGCUUCUACCUUACUAAGGUCAAUGGGGUUAAACCGAAGUACAAUGCUGGAGCACUCCACAUUAAAGGUAAGUGACUAUUACAUUACUAGAUCAUCAUUCAUUGUAAGUGCCUGUGUCCUCCUUAUUAGCUGUUUAAUGUGCAGGUAUUCCAUGUUGGUGAUCGCACCUUGCAGCUCUUUACCUGUUGAUAAAUGCCUGGGCCAGGCUUCCUCUACCCUAAAGCAUGGCUUUACAAACUUGUGUGGAAUCUAGAAGCCGGCUAAAAAAGUUAGGAAACAGGUUUUUUAAACUAUCAAAGUUUCAUUUUCAAUGAGUAAAAUGCAAUUCUUAAAUGGACACUAUAAUCACUACAGCUUAAUAGAGUUGUUCUGGUGAAUAUAAUCAGUCCCUGCAGACUUUUUAAUGUAAACACUGCCUUUUCAGAGAAAAGGCAGUGUUUACAUUGCUGCCUUGUAACAGCUCUAGUGACAGUCACUCAGACGGCCAUUAGAGGUUCCUGGGUCAGUGCAGCACCUGCGUUCAGCAUCUCCACGCUCUGCAUGGAGGAACUGAUUGCUCCCCAUAGAGAUGCAUUCAUUCAAUGUGUCUCUGUGAGUGCUUUGUUUUGCUGUGCAUGCGCAAUAUCCUCCCAAUGCUUUCAUAUGGGAUAGCAUUGGCUUAGCUGAGGUCAGAAAGAUUGAGGAUCUCAGUCAUGGAGGUGGGACCAGCCGCAGCGAAACUGGCACCACCUUUCUCAUGCGAUCGGAGGGGGACAGGUACCUAAAGAGAGACACACACAUUCACACAAACUCUCUGACACAUAUUAACACACUGGCAGACAAACAGACACAAACACUUACACAGGAAGACUGAUAGACACACACUUGCACACUAACAUACACUAACAGAGACACAGUCUAAGUUACACACACACACACAUUGAAAUUGUUAUUUUAAUUUAUGUUCAGCCACCCUACCUACCUUUGGGAAAGCUGAGUGAAUCUUUCCCUGGGGUCCAGUGGGGCUGCUCUGAUAAUCUUCCUGCAGUUUCUCUCUGCUCCCCUUUGCACUUUCUGCAGUUUGGCUGGGGCUGGAGUGAUAUCAUAUUCCAGUUUCCAGCAUCACUAAACAGCGUACAGGAGAGCAGAGAGGAACUGCAGUAACAUUACUGCUCCCUCAUGUGCCGUCUCCUUGCUGCCUCGGAUGACCGCCUCUAUGCUCCCCAGGGCGGCUGGCUCUAAUGUUCUCCACGGCGACCAGUUUCAAUGCUAUCCUUGGUGGCCGCCUUCACUGAAGGCCCAACAAAUCCCAGGCACCAGGGCAAAAUGUCUAGUCGCCAUGGUGAUCUGGCGCCUGGGAUUUGUCCAGCCCUGCCCUAGAGCAAAAACACUUAUUGCAGCUUAUGUCAGAAUCCAAGCCUCCAUUAUUAGAACUACAAUACCAACUAUAAAACUGCAGAAAAUGUUGGCACGUUAUACAUAACAGUGUGCCAUUUGUCUACCACAUAAAUACAAACAUUAUUUGUUUUUGGAUUUGGCUCCUAAAAUAAUAAAAAAAAAAAAAUCUUUCUGUAUCUGACUGUCAGUCUAUAGUCAUUAUAUCUAUAUUUGUAUGUGUGUCUGUCACAUAAACAGAGCAAGCCCUACUUUCAUUUUAAAACACCUUUUCUUUUACUUAGAAUGUGAAAUUUUCAUAAUUGGUAAAUUUCAAAUUUAACCAAAAGAAAUUGUAAUUUUGGAUCACUUGUGCAUUAUCACAUAAGCACUGGUAAACUUAGAUGAUAUGUUCUUUCAAAUAAUGCAAUCAAAUAAUAUGGAGUCACAAAACAUUAAAGCGACACUAUGGUCACCCAGACCACUUCAGCUCAAUGAAGUGGUCUGGGGGUCAGGUCCCUCAGGUUUUAACCCUUCACAUGUAAACAUAGCAGUUUCAGAGAAGGAUUAAUCCAACCUCUAGUGGCUGUCUUCCUGACAGCCACUAGAGGCGCAUCGGUGAUGCUGGAUGCGAAGAACAUCCAUAGGAAAGCAUUGAGAAGUGUGGCGCAUGCGCAUUCCACUCCACUCGGGAGCUGAUGGCGAGGGAGGAGAGGUCACCAGCGCAGAGGGAACCCGGCGCUGGAUUAAGGUAAGCUGCUGAAAGGGUUUUACUUUAACAUAUUAAUUAUUAUAUCUAAUAUAACAGUUAUUAUACCCAUUCUUUCCACACUUCAGAAUCUCUCAGUGAAAUAGUUAAACUAGUAUUACAUUGUAAUACAGGACUCUUUCCCAUAGAGAAUAACUAUUGGGACUUGCAAAUGUAAAAGUUCUUUUUAAGGUAUCGGUGUCUGAUUUGUAUAGUUUUAGAAAUGUUGAGCUUUCAUUACAGUCCCUUACUGGCUCUAUUCUUUCCUACAGAUAUAUUAUCUCCUCUCUUUGGUACUCUGGAAUCGUCAGCACAAGUGAGUGUGAAUACAAGUGUCUUUAUAUUUUUUACAUUUUUAUUUUAAGAGAUCCGGGGAAACACAGUGUUUUAAAGUCAUAUUUACUCUUAUUUACAAACCUGAGGUACAAGAAUACUACACAAUUCAAUGUCUGAUACAUAGCUCAUAAUUUUCCAUGCUUUGUACAAUGGCGCAUUGAUAACUCUACAUUACUGAAGAGUCUUGGAUGAAAAGCAGUACACAGUAAAGUGCUUGCUCCCUAUAUCUAAAUUUUAAACAUAAUAACAAUUCCCUCUCAAAGUGAAAGACAAGAAAAAGCAAAGAAGGGAGAGAGAGGAAAAAAAAGUGAAAUAUCCCCUUUGCGCACACCUACUCCCCUCCUCGGCCCCAUCGUUUUUGCCUCACUCUUCGUACUCUUCCCGCAUCUGCCAAACUUUACUAAAAGUUGACAAGUGUAUCUUUUUAAAUAAACGAACACUAACUAGUUGAAUUUUUUUUUUAAACCUGUAGAUGCAUCCGUCUUUAAUUGUUUUAUCCUGACACUCCAAUCAUGACAUAAAAACCGCACCUAAACAAUGUUUUAUCAUAGUGAUAAAGUAUAUUUGUAAUUCCUUUAGAAGCUGUAGUUAAUACUAACCACCUUUACAGCGCUGCAGCUGCUAUGACAGAGGACUCCCUGUCACUCCUUCUUCCCGUCUACCUAAUACAUUAUUAGCCCUGGUUGAAUAUACUUCUCCACAAUGCUCCUUCCCGUAUGACGACAUUACUCUGGCUUCAUUGCUGGUGAAUUGUCUACAGAAUGGAGUCAGUUUUUUACUAUGUAUUUGUCGAGCAAGAGUAAGAUGCUCCGCCAGAUGAAUAUCAAAGCAACGUUAAAGCACACUCACUAAAUCCCUUAAAAUCACACUGCAGCCCCUAGUCACACACCACAAACACAACUGAAACCAACCUGUGUACACAAAACACCACAAACAGCUCCCUGUACACACACGCAAUAUCACAAGCAGCCUCCAAACAUAUACACAACACGCUCUCCUGGACCUUUUGUCCUCUGGUAUCCCAGUUAAGGAGACACCAGGGACAAGCCACAAGCAAACACAGUGCUGCACAUUACAGAGGGCCUUUUCCCCAUGCAAAAGCUCUUUAGCAGGGCUCUGCGCUUGGGCUGCCCUGGAAGCUCACUUUGGGGGGACGUGCUUGUCAUUGGCAUUGACAGCUAUUGUUUGUGUCCGCUUUGUGACAAAAUCUUGUAAUAGAAUCGAAUAGAAAUAUGAAUAAAAUAUUUUUACACUGUUCCAUGAAUACACAUGUUCACCCUCUGACUCUAUUUAAUAUUUGUUUACAGCUUGGUACAAGUUACAUAGAAACAUAGAAACAUAGAAUGUGACGGCGGAUAAGAACCAUUCGGCCCAUCUAGUCUGCCCAAUUUUAUAAAUACUUUCAUUAGUCCCUGGCCUUAUCUUAUAGUUAGGAUAGCCUUAUACCGCUAUAUAUUGUCAUUUUUAGAGUUCAUGCACUCUAUGUGCUGUGACAGAGAGUAGGUGAACUGCCUGUAGGAGAAUUCUAAUUUCUAUUUGGCUUUUUAAGAUUUCUUUAAAAUUUUUUUUUUUUUUUUUUUUACUAUAUGCUAGCAAUAAUAAUGUGAUACUUGUGUUUUUCCAAUGAUUAGCCAAUGAAAGGUAUGCUUAAAUUUCAUUGAAUGCACCCGGAAACAAAUAUGUUUAUAGUCCUGUUCUAUCUAUAGAAUAUAGAAUGCACACCAUAACAAUCUCAAAAAACUUAGCUUUAUUAUGUACAAAAAGUACCAAAAUGAAAACAUACAAUAAAAAUAAACACAAUGAGAGAAGCAAGGGCAAAUACAAUAAAGAAAUGGUAAAAUACCAAAAAGAUUCUUACAAGACAGAAACACGAGUCACCAAACCCCCCAACGUUUCGGCACCAACUGGCUGCCUUUAUCAAGGGUACCUGUAUCCAUGUUCAGAUGUGCAUGCUUAUAAAGACCUCUUACAGCUGAUGGCCAUCAGCAUAAGGUUACCAACUCCGGAAGUGACAUCAUCACUUCAAGUGCUGGCACAAUAUUUUAAUAGUAACCUAGUAAUAUCAUAUAAGAAUCAGUUGUGUGCACUAAAGACAUUCAAAAGCAAAGAAAGUCAUAUAACCGAAAUGAUAAAUGUUACUGCUCUGAUAUCGAACCUCUAGUACAUAUACAAACAGUAAGUAUGCUCACACUAUAUCUGGCGUCUAUAAUCGCCAUUUUACUCACUGGCAAGCGAACACCUUUAACAAUACGCUCCACAGGCGUCAUAGUCGCUGCCGCGCGCAACAAUAGCCUGCGUAUGACAAUAAGUGCCGCGCACGCGCACAGCAACGUCUCAUUCGCGCAUAAUGGCAAACAGUUCGUGCAGGCGAAGCGCAUACUGUGAAUACUGUAGCGAACCACUGAGGUACCCUAUCAUUCUAAAAAACCGCCCACACGCAGUGGACGGCAACUAGUAUCUAAAAUAGUACAAUAAACCAUCAACAUUCUAACUAAUAGUGGAUACCAUCCACCAUGUUACAAAUUAUACUCCAUAAAUGUCAGUACCCCCCAUACAGAUAUACAGAAUAUGUAUUACAUAUGUACAUGUCAAAGAGGACUAAUAAAAUAAUAAAGAGAUAAAGAAUAAAUAAUCUUAGAUCCACAUUAUAAAUAGAAUGUGAUCAGUGAACCUAUACAUAAAAUCAUCUCCCACCAAUAUUACAAGACAAAACACAAAAGAAAACCAAAACGUGAUGUGCAAAACAGAUUUUUAAUUCAACAAACACCCAAUGUGUAAUAGACUGAUCGCUGCAGGUGCCAAAUACGCAAUAGUAAUGCAAUACACAGUGAUUCUCCAUGUAGUACAUGUUAACUACUUAACUAUGUAGUGUAAAUCAGUAAUUAUUCAAUAUAUUUACAAAAAUAACUAUAUUGCCAUAAUUAUUUAAACAAACAAAAUAAAAAAAAUAUUCAUAUUAUGCACAGGACAAUAUAAUACAAUGUGACCCGCAUAUUAAAAGGCUAUUCAUCAUCAAUGUUUAAAGACAUAGCAACAUAUUUAAAGAAUUCAUCACAAAUAUAUAUCAUUUUGAGAAAAUAAAGAUAUAUCAAUGCUAUUGAAGAAUCCAUUAUAAACGUAUAUAGCAUUAGAAAAAUCAUUAUUACAUCAUCUUUGUCAACCUAUACACUGACUAUACCCAUACCAACCGCAUAAACAUAGCAUAGGUAAACAACAUCGUACCACCCACAAAAAAACACUACUCAUGGCAAAAAGCUCUCAUAGUCAUGGGUACCAUCGUUCAAUAUUGUCAGUAUACUUAAUGUAUAAAUAUUCAUAAAUCAUAAUUCAUAUAGACAAAAUUUGCUAUAGUAUGAGAUACAAAACUAUAUAUGCACAUAAUGGGUCAUCAUAACAAAGACGUGAAUCAAUUCAACGUGUAUGAUGAUACAUUCUAAUCGAUUCAAUAUCUUCCGGCACACUGCCGUCACCAGUACCAUGGUCCAAAUGGCCACUGUAGCUCCAAUCUAUAAAAGGAAAUAAAAACAAAAUAUAAAGAUACAGACAAAACGCAGGCAGAGUAAAAUAUUGUCAGGAUUAUAGAAAUGGUGAUAGAUCCUUAUCCUCAUUCAGACCCUUAGGAUACAAAGUCUGCAGCUCGUAAAUCCAGUAUACCUCACGUUGUCCUGUUCUAUGCAAUAUUUAUCUUUCUUGCCAUCAGACUGGAUUUAUUUAUCUGUUUAUUCUAGUUCAACUAUUGCAUACACAUACCAUGGCUGGUGAAGCAGUAUCCAGAGGAAUUUCGGUAAGUUCUUUUUUUUUUUUUUUUUAAAGCGAUUAUAUUGCCUUAUUCUAGAGCUGAUAAUACGCAGUGUUUUCCCAGUACUGAUGUUUAUACGUGAGAUAAUAAUACAGGCUUAGUUUCCAGCAGUUUCUGGUUAACAUUUGGGUGUCUCAAGAUACUUAUUUAUUGUACUGCUGAGCAACAGUCAUAUUAAUGACCCAACUCCCUGCUUUAUAUGUGUGACCAAAUCAGAGUGUUCGUUCCUGAAGCAGCAUUAUGUCGCCUUAAAGGGACAUGCAUCACUUGAUAAUUAUUGAUUAUCCAGGAGGUCCAGGAAACUUACCUCCACCGCGAAAUCCGCUUCUCAGGGACUGCCUUACAGCCCAGGCAUUUCCCUCACGGCAAAUUAGACCCCCGUCAUGUGAUCACUCAAAUAAUUUUAUACUUAAAGGACCACUAUAGGGACCCAGACCACUUCAGCUCAAUGAAGUGGUUUGGGUGCCAGGCCCCCCUAGUUUUAACCCUGCAGCUGAAAGCAUAGGUUAAUCCAGCCUCUAGUGGCUGUCUCCCUGACAGCCACUAGAUACCACUUCCGCAAUUCUCAGUGUGAAAAUCGCAUUGAACUCACGCAGCAUGAGUUCAGAUCCCCAUAGGAAAGCAAUGAGUAAUGCUUUCCUAUGGGCGGUUGGAAUGUGCACGUGGCUCUGGCCACUCAGGAGCUGACGUCGGCAGGGGGAGGAGAGGUCACCGGCGCCAAGGGAGCCCGGCGCUGGAUUAGGGUAAGUGGCUGAAGGGGUUUUACCCCUUCAGCCCAGCGGGAGGGGGGCCAUGAGGCAGGGGGGGGCCUAAUUUGAAUUUGCGUUUGAAUGCAAGCAUGUGUGGUGUUGUUUUUUGAAUGCCAGGGUGUGUUUAUAUAUAAUUUUGAUGUUUAACAGAGAAGUAUGUUUAUAUGUAGUGUUGAUGUUUCAACGCAGGAGUGUGUUUGUAUGUAGUGUUGAAGUUUGAAUGCAGGGGUGUAUUUGUGUGUUGUGGUGGCGUGUGAAUGCUGAGAUGUAUGCACAUAUAUACAUACACACACACACUGAAACACAGGCAGAUAUACACACUGACACACAUGCAGUUAUAUAGAUACACAACCUGACACAUAUGCAGAUACACAGACACACACCGGUAUACACACACAGAUACACAUACUGAUAACAUACAGAUACACAGAAAUACACAAUGACAACAUACAGACGCACAGAUACACACACAAACAUAUACACACACUGACACACUUGCAGAUACACAGAUACACACACAGACUACAUACAGAUACACACUAACACAUACACACAGAUACACACACAUAUAGUGACAGACAUGCUGACACACAGAUACGCUGACAGACAUACUUAUACAGACACAUACUAACACACACAGACAUACUGAAAGACAUGCUUUAUUAUAUAGCAUCAAGAUAUUCCAGAUAGCUUUACAAUGGAACUCCUGUAGUGUUUAGAGAAAGGAUUCUGUUCUUCUCUUCAUUGUCUGAAAUCUGUCUGUCUGUUUAAUAAAAGGAAGAAGCCGUUACUGAUUGUCCAUGGCGAGAAACGGGAAUCGAAAGCAAAACUACACGAGGACGCACAUCCGUAUGAAAAUGUUCGUCUGUGUCAGGUACAUGAAAAUACAGUUAUUGUGUUUAGCUCUGAAUACCAUAUAUGUUAGUAAUACUUCAAAAUCAAUACCUAGAUGUACUUUACUGUAUCUCAGCUUACUCUACUCUAAAAAUACUAUAUUGGACAAAGCAUUGAAGCCAUUAUAAGGUCCUGCAAGUUCACAAAGUGUGUUUUAAAGUGACGCUCUCACUUCCAGAGAAACGACCUCUUUCUUUCACCACGGUGAACAUUAUUAUAGUGUUUGUUGCGUUGAACAAAGCAGCAAAGUUAAAUAAAAAGCUUAUUUACCUUUGCAGCAUUUUGGGAUCUUCACUGUCCAAAUGAUGGCUUGGGCAUCCAAGCUCGAGUAUCUAACAAAGACAUUUUGUACACAUGCAUGAGUGCUUCUCUGUAUAUGCACAUAUAUGCAUAUAUGCUGGUCAAAGAAUGUAAGUAGAAAGAAAGUAAAAAAAAAAACAACAACAAGAAGAAAGAAUUCUGUCCAUCGGGAGAUACAAAAACACUGGGGAUUGUUCAUAAUUAUGAGGAAUGGCAGUGAACUGAAAUCCAGAUGCAAAAUUAAGGCUAAACAUGAUUAAGCUAGAGAAUUAUACCCGAUUAAAAAAAAAAAUUUUGUUUACAGUUUGACUUUUAGAUUUUUUUUUUUUUACUGGAUAAACCCGAUAUUCAGUUUCUCCUCCUUUGCAAUCUAUUCGCUGGCUGUGCAAGGCCAGACUUAGAUUGUGAUCUCAAUAUUUACUUUGCAUUUCAAAGAAAAUGCAGCGUCAUAUGGAGAAAAAAAAGGGUAAUAAAAGUUAUUGGUAACGUUUAAUGUUUUAUUCAGUGGUGUUAUUAACAGAACAGUAACAGCCCCCCCCCCAAAAAUAGAAAUUAGUGAGAAAUGAGUGUUUAUAGAGAAUUUAUUUGCUCUUUGGUAAGCUGGGAGGAAGUAACGUGUAUUCCCAGCACUGCACUAUGGCAUUACACAAACUAAAGGGCCUGGUUGUGCUGCUAGAGGGCCGUGGCGCCUGACCGGGCCCCUGGUCAAUGUUGCCCAUCGAGUGUCCCUAAGUGCAUGUGUCGCCCAAUGAGCCCCCUAAGCCGGUUGGGCCUAGGUGCAGCCACACUGGCUGCACCGACGGUAGUUCCGCCACUGGUAUACACAUUGUUAGUGAGUCAAUGCUAGUCUCCUGUUUAUCUAAAAGCUCAAUCUAACUUGGUACUCUAAAUCUGUGCUCCUCACCCCUCUCGUCAAGGCACACCUAACUGUCCACGAUUUAGAGAUUACUAUGGCUAGUCUAAGGUGUUUAAAAAAAUAAAUAAAUGGCAACAAGUAGCAGAUCUUGCAACCAAGUGUACUAACAUGCAACUGCCCUUCCGUCCCGAGACUUAUCUGCUCCUCCUGCUGCCACAUGCACCACAAAAACCCCAGAGUUAGCUUGCCUACCACAUCAUCGUUGCCGUACUCACCAUCAUUAGCAGGAAAUGGAAGCAAACCUCUCCCCCACAAUUACCCAAUGCAUCACUGCUGUAGACACAAACAGGAUCUAUGAAACCAUGGCAAGAAGUACACAACAAACAGCUCCACACUGGCCCUUAGCGUGGGAACUCUGGGAAAAACAUAAACCACUUUAGGUGCGAAACACAUGCAAACACCACUGACAUAUACCACAGACCUCCCUGACUGGAGGCAAAAACCUCUCCACCUCAGGAUGCUUGAAUCGAAACAAAACCAUACGGAAACUUGCCUCAUCCGCAGAAGUUCCCUACACCCCUACCCUUCCCGCCCUGUCAAGAUUUGACAAUGACAACAACACAAAUAACCAGCCACAAGCUACAGCCCUAAGAGCACCCUCUCAAGUGGGUAACAUAAAAAGACAACGCUAGCACCCUACUAUACCCCUCCCUAUGCGAUACCUAAAGUUAUAAUAACAUACUUAAUGUAAACAAUGAGCUACAAGUAGUGACUCUCCAGGAUGUUAUAUAAUUUGAUGAGAAUGUCACUUAAUCACUGUACCAAAGCAGGGCUCCCCUUCCCUCCCUCUCCCCUUGUUUUUUCUUCUGUACCCUCACCCCAUACACAAGUGCACUAGAGUCAUAACGAAUGUACUCCCCCCCUUUUCUCUUCUGUACUCCCAUGUUCUAAGUUUUAAGUUCUGAAAUUUAAAAAUUGUUAAAUUAAAAAAAAAACGCCUUAAAACGCCUUAGUCACACUUAAUCCCUAAAUCCUGGACUGUUAUGUGUGCCUUGAGGAGAGGGUUCAGAAGCACUGCUCUAGAUAGCUUUCUGCAAAUACGACAUAUUUUUGCUUUUCUUGCAUAUGUUCGCACCCAUCUCCUAUUUUGAAUGAUCCUUUCUCACAAAAUAUAUAUAUAUCUGUUUUACAAAUCACUCUUAGUUUCUCCAAUACAGUUGUGGGUACAAUACUGCGAUAUACAACUGCCAGAUAUAAACUGAAAUAAUACCAGGCAAAACGUAGCAAUAUAACAGAAAAUGGUCAUGUUUAAAUUUAAUUCAAGUGCUCUCUUCUUCUAGAUCAGGCAUAGGCAACCUUCGGGAUUCCAGAUGUUUUGGACUACACCUCCCAUGAUGCUUUGAUGGCAUUAUGGGUGUAAUAGCAUUAUAGGGGAUGUAUUCCACAACAUCUGGAGUGUCAAAGGUUGCUUAUCCCUGUUCUAGAUCUUCUUUUUUUUCUUUAUUAAAUUCCGUGAUAUGGAAAGACGCAUCUAAGAAUAAGAAGUGUGAAUAGUUCUACGAUUCUGAUAAUGAGAUAAACGAUGGAAAGCAAUCUGCAUUCUUUGAUGUAUGCUGUAGGGGGCAGCCUUUAUCACUUUAAAAACAGAAAUGACUGACAAUGAGCUAUGCUCAGCAGACUUAAAGUAAAACAGUCAUCUAGUGAAUGUAUAAACUGAUCCCUAUCUUAUUGCCGUAGGCCAAGUUGGAUAUCGCCUUUGGGACCCACCACACGUAAGUUUUGAUGACUACAAGAAAUGAGCCAGAGGCUUCUGGAAUGCAUAAACUAUAUGGGAAUGAUGACGAAAUGUAUUACAGCUUGUAUGGUAUCUAGAAUGAAUAAAAUAUAUUUUCGCGACGUAGGUUGAGAUCGAGGUGGCAGGAUAGUAUGAAAUAUUGAAAUUAAGGGGUGCAAAUAUGGUACAUGGGUGUCAUGAUAGAGAUCUGAUGGGUUUUAAAGGUGGACUUUAAAAUCUUAGAAAUUACAUUUCAGUUGUUUAUCUUUUAUCUGCUGUUGCUUCUUAAAUGGGAAAUGCCUUAAGAGGGCAAUGUGGUGUCAUCAGAAAAGCACAGCAGGUUUUCAUUGGUCUGAUAAUCCAUUAUAAAACAGAGCUUUCGAAUAGUUAUUUUCUAACCCCUGUAAAUAUUAUUUAAAUUAUUACUAGGGUAGAGUAGUGCAGCAGAGGUAAGUACACUUAACUACAGUAUUUCCGUGCCCAAGGUGACAUCAUUCAUGCAAAAUAAUGCCCACUGCACAGAAAUACCACAAGGGCCAUACACAUGCCAACCCAACACUUUGUGAAUUUAUAAGAAGGAAAAAAAGGCAACCCAUAACCACGCACCAUAAGCAGUGCAUCCUUGGGACCAUUAGCACUAUUGUUGUUAUUGUGCUUGAAGUGUUCAGCUUAAACAAGCUAACCAUAAAGGAACACUUGAAGCACAAUAACCACUACAGUGAGCUAUAGUGACUACAGCGCAAAAAGUGUCCUAGUGCCCCCAAAUGUAAAUAGUCCAGCCAUUUGCUAGCAAUGUAAUAACUUACCUGGGUUCCACUGUGUGCCAGUCACUUCCGAGAGUCGGGAGCCGUUCAUUGCAAGCUCAUUGGCUGAUUGCUCAUUGGCUGAUUGCUCAUUGGCUGAUUGCUCACUGGCUGAUUGCUCACUGGCUGAUUGCUUUCAGCCAGUGAGCUAAGCUCUGCAUUGUUGGAGGAAGUGGCAGGUGCCUGGCUCCCCCAGGUAAGCUGUUAAAUCAUUAGCAGAAGGUUUGAUUACUUACAUUGGGAGGAGAUAUCAGGGCACUCCUGGCACCAUAACCACUACAAAUCACUCUACUGGUUGUGGUGCUUGAAGUGUUCCUUUAAGUUAGUUAUAAAUAACUCAGAUGUGACAUUUUAUUUUACUUUGGCGUUUGAAAUGGGAGAAAAGGAUUAAAAACAAUAAAAAAAAGUCUUCAUAAUUCUAAUUGGAGGGGGGGGGGUGAGCCUGAUACAAACUGUAGGUACAUUUUUUUUUCCUUAUUUAAAGGGAAACUAUUGUGCCAGGAAAACAAACUUGUUUUUCUGGCACUAUAGCUUCCCUCUCUGUCAAGGCCUCCUCCCGCAGCGCUGAAAGGGUUAAUAACCUAUUCUGUUACUUACCUCUGAUUUAGCUCCGCCCAUGCUCCUCGUCCACCCGUGUCCACCGGCGGGUGAGACCUAAUGCACAUGCGCGGCAAUGGCCACGCUUGCAUUAGGAUCUCCCCAUAUGAAAGCAUUAUUUAAUGCCUUCCUAUGGGAAUUCUGGUGACGCUGGAAGUCCUCAUGCAUAGCAUGAGAACCUCCAGCGUUGUUUAAGAAGCCGGAAGUCCCUCUUGUGGCUGUCUGGUAGACAGCCACUUGAGGAGGACUUAACCCUAGGAGGUAAAUAUUGCAGUUUAUAAAAACCGCAAUAAUUACCACUCUAGGGUUAAGGGCGAUGGGAGUUGGCACCAAGACCACUUCAAUGAGAUGAAGUGGCCUGGGUGCCUACAGUGUCCCUUUAAUGUAGAACGUACUAGAUGGCUACUAUUCUCCAUUAAAAAGAGAAUUUUAGAUUCUGACUCAGAUUGUCCCUCUCCUGUGAUGCCAUUGUAUGUCUCACUAUAGACAUGAUGAUCUGGGUUUUAUAUUUAAGCUGCUUUGUACAUUGCAGUAGUGUCAUUACUGAUUUGCUACUGAUAAACAUCUACAACAUCUGUCAGAAGACAUGGAAUGCAGUUCAGUCUUAUCUGUCUAUCUAAGCGAAACAUUGUCCCUGACUGCCGUCAGGCUCUGCAUCAUUCCAAUGUUUGGUGCUGUCCUCCAGCAUUUCGUACUGAAACGUUGUAUUAGGUUACCAUGUGCCCUCAAGUGCAAUUAGAGUAACAAUGGCAAGUUCACUGUGAUCUGGUUGCUCAGUAGUACAUUUCUUGUCCCUUAUUAAAGGAAAAUGAUGCUGCUAUUGUACAAAGAAGGUCUCCGUGUUGUGAUCCAUACAAGCAAUCUUAUUCAUGAAGACUGGCACCAGAAAACUCAGGGGUAAGCACCAUCCAGGAUAAAAUAAAUGACCGGAGGAACCUGCUAGGCAAAACACAACACAUUUCUCCAAAAUAGGCACCAAACAGACCUAUAGGGUUAUAGAAUCUUAACUAAAUGUCACCAUGUUAGUAAGAAAGAAAAAAAAAAAGUAAUGUGCUUAAUGAAAACCAGUGCUAGCCAGAUGAUUAGCACAUACAUAUAUUAUUGCCAUAGUUGGCUGAUACUGCUUCUGUUGUGGUCUAUGCAUGCUCCCACAUUUCCAAGCCAUUGCAUGCAAUGCAUUCUGGGAAUUUGCAGAUGUGUGUGCAAACAAUAUGUCUGAAAAAUGUAUAGCAAAAUCAACUUAAUGUGUGUGGUUGCUCUAUAUAUAGAUGAUAUUGUCUUACUGUGCUAUAUCAGGUGCAUUUUAAUGGAUAGAGUCCUUCUCUAUUCUUUUAAAGGACCACUAUAGGCACCCAGACCACUUCAGCUCAAUGAAUUGGUCUAGGUGCAAUGGCCAUUAAAAAAAAACUGCUAUGUUUACAUCAGGGUUAAUCCAGCCUCUAGUGGCUGUCUCAUUGAGAGCCGCUAGAGGCGCUUCUGACUGUGAAAAUCACAGUGAGAAGACGCUGGCGUCCAUAGGAAAGGAUUAAGAAAUGCUUUCCCAUGGACUGAUUAAAUGCGCGCGCAGCUCUUGCUGCGCAUGCGCAUUCAGCACUGACAUCGGAAGAGGGAGGAGAGUUCCCCGGCACUGGAGAAAGGUAAGUGUUUAACCCCUUCCUCCCCCUUCAGCCCGGUGAGAGUGGGGCCCUAUAGUGUCAGGAAAACGAGUUUGUUUGCAUGGCACUAUAGUGGUCCUUUAAUUUUCAUUACUAGCCCCCAAAACUGGAAUAAGCUUCCUCCCCACAUUCCAUCUUUUCGCAGAUUCCUGAAGUCAUUCCAUUUGAUAAAAGCCCAACUCAUCCAAUCUCACCCCGUUCACACCUCCCCUCUGAUGAGCCAGAUUGGCGAAACGUGCGUCAUGGGUUCUGCCAAUCACACUUCAUAGCCACUGUAUCACGAGUGAGCUCACGUUCGGCUUUUAAUGGCGUUAACAGAAAUUCACUAAUACCUCUCCCCAUAUAUUGGAGGAAAAAACGUCCAUCAUUACAAUCUCCAGCUUUCUUUCAUUAUAUCUAUUCUAGAGGUGGGAGGAAUUUCUUAUCCAUCCAUCCAGGGGUAACAGGCAUUUUGGGUUAGGGGGUGCCCUCGAAGGCACAGAAUUAGUAUUUACUUUACCUCUCCCUGCUAUCACUCCGAUUGCUACAGACCUGUAUUGGCUACAACAUUGUUUGACAGCGACUAUUAGCUAAUACAAUGUUGCUUUUUUGUUCCCACUACAUUGCUGGACUUUUUUAUUUGCACUAUCUCUAGCCAGACCAUUUAGCCUGUAUUACAAGCAUUUUCUGCUAUCUUAGUAUUCCUAUUGCAGCACAGCACAUUGUUAUAUACUACUUUUUUUUCAAAAGGAAGGGAUACGUCUCCUUACCCCUUUGUUUGGAGUUUAGAUUUAGAUUUUUUCUAUUCUCCUAAUACCGCUGGUCUGCUACAGAUGUUCUUUUUAUUAUCCUGAACUCACAAAGCUCCAGCCUGUACUACCUUACUCUGAAUUAAUUAUCCCUAUAUUUGGGUAGAACUACCAGAUUUUCAUAUACAGACGUUAUAGCUACACCCAGGAUAAUUGUUUUGUAAAUAUGUACAUUAUUAUUUCUGUUUGAAUUUUCUUUUACUUUUCUUUUUGUCGUGGUGACUAAUUUCACCUCUUGAUCGCUAUAUUAAAAGUUACGUUUUAUUUUUAGAAAUACCUAGCCUAAUUGGUCGAUACAGUUAUUAUUUCUCGCUGUCUCCUGGCAGUUUUUUUUUUUUUCUAACCCACUUCACAUUAUUAUACCUCGCUGUUCACCUAUGUAACCGCUAACUUUCUCCCCAAAUUGCAACUCCACCUGCUCAGUUUUUAUGUUUCCACUUGACCUUUGACACGUGUAAAUUCUCUUGUUCUUUGUGCCCUUAAGGAUUUAUAAAGUACACUGUAUUAUAACUUAAUUAUUGACGACUGCCUCCUUUGUAACCAGUGUUAAAGUCUCUGGAUAAGUGUCCCACAUUAGAAUUGUUAAAUAAAACAAACAGGUGUAUUAUUGUGUGAAUGCUUAACCAUCCCGAAUACCACAUCUACCAUGAUUCUACAUUUUUUGUUUAAUUAUGCUAAAAUACUAUAUAGAUGAUUUUAAGCUUCACGUCCACACAGUUAGUACUGUGUAACAUUGCCCACAUUUGCAAUAUUAACAUAAUGAAGUUAUUCAUUACAAAAGAGUGUGCCUGAUCGCAAGACUGUUGUCUCCUAACAGUCGCUGUUGAGAUCAUUCCUUCCUGAAAGCACACGUGUUGGUAUAAAUGGCUUUCCUUUACAUCCUUUCAUCGGAUCCCCUCCUCCAGAAAUCUGAAAUGCUUCUUCCGUAGCUUGUAUCAUUUUCCUCAUUUAAUGCAAUCUAACCUCCUCGGCAGGGUGUCUGUACUGGUUCAAUACUUGUGACCUCCCUACAGAGCUGCAUGCUCCACUACUCCUCCGUCCUCCCACGUGUCCCAUUGUCCAGUUUGCAAUUCAGUCUGAAUGCUGUUGUUGUGAUAUGUCUGCUCUAAAAAGCAUUCUCCUUCACUAUCUGCAACCUGUGGCUAUUCCUUUCAGUACCCUCUAGAAAAACAUUCUCUAUAGCUCUGUGCAUAAUACAACUCACAGCAUUUUCUUCUCAGCCUGUAUGAGCCUCAUCCUCUUCCCCCUACUCUUGCUUUCUUACAUUGUGUCGUAUAGUUACAUAUCGUAUUUUCCGGCGUAUAAGACGACUGGGCGUAUAAGACGACCCCCAACUUUUCCAGUUAAAAUAUAGAGUUUGGGAUAUACUCGCCGUAUAAGACUACCUCUCUUCCAAUGCACACCAAAUAAAAAUUAGCCAUGAUGUACAGUGAGCAGACAGAGUUACACAGCAAGACAUUAAAUAAUGAUAAUCUGAAAUAGCAUUUAAUGCCCAGGUAUGUGCCAGGCUGUUUGGGCAUAUAAUCCAUGCCUACUGGUCAAGCACACAGGAGGCUAAUUGCGAUAUAUUCUUUUUAACCCCCCCCCCCUUCAUUCUUUUUACUCCCCCCUCCAUUCUUUUUCUCCCCCCCUCCAUUCUUUUUACUCCCCCCCUCCAUUCUUUUUACUCCCCCACCUCCAUUUUUUUUACUCCCCCCUCCAUUUUUUUUACUCACCUCCCCUUCCCUGUGCAGAGUGGGUGGCCGAUCUCCUCUUCGUCCCGUCAGUCCGGCCAGGUACCGCGCGGUACAGGAGAUUCAGUUACCUGUUCCCAGCCGGACUGAAAGGAAGUGAGCACUCAGUGUACCUCAAUCUCCUGUACCGCGCGGUACCCGGCCGGACUGACAGGAUGAAGAAGAGCUCGGCCACACACUCUGCACAGGGAAGGGGAGGUGAGAAGAGAGGCAGUGCGGCAGCCGUCUGAGCGCUCUCUAUAGAGCGCUCAGGCAGCUGCAGCAUUAGAAGGGCCGGCGAUGGGGGCGCAGGGCGCCCCCUGCAGCCAUACCCGGCGUAUAAGACGACCCCUGACUUUGGAGAAGAUUUUCCAGGGUUAAAAAGUCGUAUUAUAUGCCGGAAAAUACGGUAGUAAUAUAUCCUGAAAAAAAAGACUUGCGCCCAUCAUGUUCAACGUUUACAUAGCUAUACUUGUUUUUGCUAAUGAUUCAAAAGAAGUGAUAAAAACUAGCUGAAGAGAUCUCAAGUUUUAACACAUAACAGACAUUAAAAUCCUUCUUGACUCUAAAAUAGCAGUCUGAUUUCUCAUUGGAUCACCAGAUUGUUACCGCACGUAUUAACUAAUACAUUCUUGAAUAUUCUGCCUUACCAAGAAAAGCAUACCAAUGUAUUUUGAAAUCUAUACAAAUUCUGAUACACGACCUCUUUAGGCAGGGAAUUCCUCAUGUUUAUUAAUAAGAUACAAAAUCUUCAUCUUCUAGUCUAAAUGGGUGGCCUCUUGACAUUUUUUGUACAGUCCUGCUAAUGAACAGGUUGCUAAAGAGCUUUUUGUAUUGGACCUUUGUAUAUUUGUGUAAUGUUAUCAUAUUCCUUUCGAGACAUUUUAAUCUAAGCAAAUUCAAAUUGUCUAGCCUUUAUUCAAGUCUAACAUUUUCCAUUCCCCUUAUUCAUUUUGAAGUCCACUUCUGCACUCUUUGCAGUUCUAUAAUAUCUUAAAGAGGCACCCAAAAUUGCACUGCAUAUUUGCAAUGGGGGUCCUACCAUUGAUUUGUAAAGAGGCCAAAUAAUUUUUUCACCCUGUGAACUAAUACCAGACCUGUGCACGACUGUUUGUCUGAAAUUGUCCAUGUGGCAUUUCUAUUUGCACAAAUGUUGUCCUUUCAAAUGUUGUCUCUAUUUAAUAAAUCCUAUUGUCCCAGCCCUGGGCUCCCCUAUGCUGUCACCUGUAGGCAUCGAUUGGGGGCAGAAAUUAAAUAAUGGAGAUAUGACAGGUCACUGUCCACACUCCUUGCUCCCUGAUUUAAAUCCGAGUGGGAGCUCUAUUCAAAACAUACAUGGGGGGACUUGCUAAUGUCAGAAGUCUUAUUUCAUCUUAGGUCUUUUCUUCAGCCCCCAAAAAAUGCUAAAUACAUUUUAAAAAACCCAAAACAUAAUAACCCACCGCUACUAUUAAAAGUAAAAGAAAAAUAUUGAAAUUGCAAAUCCAAGUGAUAAUUCCAAGGCCCAGCACAGACUGUGCUUUCAAGGCAGGAAAAGCCUUUAUUAAGGCCUAUGCUUUCAAAUCUCAGAGCGACUGUGAAAGGUGAGUUAUCAGUAUUUACCCAUUCACAAACUGGAGCAAAAAAAGGUACAUAACUCCCAUAUUUUUCUGCUAGCCCUGGUUAGUCUAGAAUGAUGGGAGAUGCAGUCCAAAACCAGUUGGUUGAAGUCACAGUUCCACACUCCCGUACAAGGGAAUUUUGUAGCCAAUAUGAAUCUUUACUUUAUAUUCAUCCAACUGCCAGCUAAAUUCAAUAUGUUUACUUUAUUUAACAGGAUUUGGCUGAGCCCUUUAUAUCCACGUAUAGCUGAAGGAGCCUCCAUUUCUGCUGGUGAACCUGUGACAAACUUCAGGGCAGAUCUCAUUGCAUACUUGGCAUCUUACAAUUCGCCAAGUCUGAAAGAAUGGAUGGAUAUCAUUAAACAGCAUGAUCUAUCACAGACCAGGUCUGUAGCCCAAGUGGUACAGUGGGUUGAUUGGUGGAGAGCACUAUGUGAUGCGGUCAUUUUAUCCAGAGUAGCAGCAGUGGUAUAGUAAUGAAUACUAAUUCCUUAGCUUCAUUUUAGAGAACUAGCUCACAGAUCAGGAUAGACAUGGGUUUCCCAUAGUAUCUUCCACUCUAUAAUGGUUAGAUCAUACUCUAGGAUCUAACUCCAGUCUUCCAAACUUCGAUAAGAGUGCUUGAAAUGGUAAAACACAGCCAUAGCAGCUUGUUUUUAAACCUAUGUGUAUCAGAGAAAAUGGCAGCAUUUUGCAACAAGCCAGAGAAUUAACUGAGCACAUGAUUCUUUUUGGAUUUUUGACAGUUCACAUGAGCCCACUUCCUGGUUUUGUUCCCAGAGAUUUUGGUUUCUAAUAGAACUUACUGGGGUUAAUUCUGCUGAUGUACACCUAUCCCACCCAGUGUUUCGUAUUUGGCAAAAUUAUCAGCUUAAGAGAACCAGUUCGAUAAUGUCGACGACUAAUCUUGGAGCUGGUCAUCUCUGUGGACUACAUUUCCAGUGAUCCUACGCCAGCCGUUUGACAUGAAAUCAUGGGAAAUGAUUCCCAAACCUCAGUGUUCCCUGGUUUUGAAACCCACAGUAGUGCUGAUGAAGCUUGCAUUUUCUUAGCGUAUUCAAGGUGUUCCCAUACAUAAAAUUAAUGCAUGAACAUUCUUUUAGAUUUUGAGCUAUGACUGGCAUUUUCUACAUAAACAUGAAAAUUGCUCCUCAAACACUCAGUCAUUUUUCUCUUUGAGUGCUUUACAUCAGGUAGAGGAUAUUUUAACUCUUUAAAGAGAGCUCAAAGAGAUUAACUAGAUUUCUCAGAUAGUCUUUGUGCAACAUUUUGGUUCCGCAAUUAGAGAAUGUUAAUUGGCUGUUCGAGAAUCUGUCCGCAGAUGCUGCAGGGGAUGUUAUGAUAACAAUAGUGUGUUUCCCGCUGACCAGUUGUGUGCUGGUCUGCAUUUGAAAGACAGGAUUGGAGUACACUGAUAUUUAUUCCAUAGACUAACACAUUAUUAUAUGGGUGCAACAGGGGGAAAAGUCUUGCUUUUUCAGUUUAUGAUGAAGCUUCCUUUAGGUGAAACGCAUUCAUGUAGUUUGGUGUCGCUCGUAUCACAGAUCAAUACAAAUGUUUGCUUUAACACUGAUUUUGAGUGCUGGGUUCCAUUUAGGCUUUUAGAUUGGUUUUGAGAAAUGGUGAGAAACCUAAGGGGUAUCAGAGAGAAAAUAAAAGGGAGUGAAUUUAAAUUUUUGUUAUGUUUGUUUCUUAACUUUGUGCCCAGUAGUUGCAUAGGCAUUUUAUUGACUACAGUUUAUAGCUAGUUCAUGGGUGUAUUCUAAGCUUUUUGGCUCUGGAUUUAUUGAGUGAGUGUUGAAUUUCUAAUGAUUUUAAGGAUCUGAACAAAGCUACUUUUUUACAUAACCCUCUAUGAUUCUCGCAGGGCACUGAUCCCAUUACCUAUAUCUGUAAUUACAGGGUUUAUCUGGUUGGAUCAACCCCUGGAAGGUACCAAGGGAAUGACAAAGAGAAAUGGGGUCAUUUGCGUCUGCGAAAGGUAAGCAAAGAGUUUAUUGCUUUGGCGCAGAGUUUAGAGACCAUUUUCGCUGCAAUCUUGCUUGCUGCCUAGUUACAGACUGAAUACUGAUCCUGACCUUGUAGACUAACUAUGCUUGAGUGUAAUUUGAAUUGUAGCGUAUCAAAAAGUAACAGACAAUUAUAAUAUAAUUAUUAUAUUAUUAUUGCAACUAGCCUGUAUUACGAAUUGCAGCUAGGUAGACCUUACUGGAAAUCUUUCCUUUAUCUCAUCACAUAUAGAGCACAACUACGCUAUGUAUAUAUCUUGUUUUUAAUACGCAUUGUGUCGACCUCACCUAACAUGCAGCAGCCUAACGUAACGAAUCCCACACCUGAUAUACCUGGUCUAAGAUAUUUAUGCUAACACAAUCUUUAAUGUUGUGACAUACCCCUGCUCGUAGGCUUGAAGCAACAGCUAAGCAUGUAUAUGACUCUAAUAUAGUCACAGGUAUCUCAGCACUAGCGAGUUUCCCAUCAUUUAUAUAGGCUAUGAUAGACCAUGUUUAAACAACUCUUACAAACAAAUUCUUACUUGAUUCAACUCUACAUAAGUUCACGCAAAAGUUCAGCAUGUUUCUCAUCUUCACGCAUGUUUAUUAUAAUAUAAAAUUGUGCAUGUUCACUCUACUACCUCGAUUGUAAAGCUUGGUAUGAGGCCAGAGGUUUGCCGUUGGGGUACCUCAGGCUUGUAUGUAACUUUCUUAUGCACUGCAAAAACAUACAUUUAAAAAAAAAAAAAAAAGUAACAGACAAAAGCUAUCAUCCUACACAUCUAAUAAGCGACAGGUGUGAGAUUAAUAUAAAGUGUUUUGACUCAAAUGCAGAAAGUUACUAAUUCAUUCUAUCUUGGGAUUGAAUAGAUUUUAAGAGAAAACACUUCUGCCAUUGCUGGACAGGAAUCCUGGCCUGUGAUUGGUCAAUUUUCAAGCAUAGGAUCCAUGGGAACUGACAAAACCAAAUGGCUGCACUCAGAAUUCAGGGAGAGCCUCCAGACACUUGGAAAAGGCGUUACAUCUUUGGGGAAAAUGGAUCCUCCUCUACAUUUGGUAAACCUGGAACACUGUUAUUUGUGGGUCAAAAAAAAUGGGGAUUAUUAUUUCAAUGUCAGACUUUGGAUACAUUUUGUAAACAUUUUUGUUCUUUUGUUUAAACGGCUUGUAGUAAGAGGAGAGUGGGAGACUAAUUUACUUAGAAUCCAGAUCUAUUACCUGAAAUCAGAGGGACACUCCAGGCUGAUGACAUCAAAUGUUAAUUCACUAUGUAGAUGUUUUGUUAUAAUUGUAAAACAUAAAAAAUAAAUCUUACCUGUGAAGUAGUUGCAUUUGAAAGUGUUCCGCUUUCACAGAGAGCUCUGUCCAGAUCAGAAAUAGCUCAUUAAGUCAGGAGGUUUCCGUUUUACCCAAGGGAGACUGAACUUGUGGUAUAUGUAGUUAAAGCUACUUUCUAUAGAGAAUCUUUAGGAAAAGUUCCUUUUGUCUGUUUGUUUGAAUCUUAAAUGCAGACAAAAGAUAUUUACGAGACCAAGUCAGAAUUUCUCAUGCCGCUCCCCAUCAGCCGGUAUGUGCAUUGGCUAAUAGGAUUGCUCAUACACAAGAUUACCUAUGGAAAAUCACGCUGUCUCACAUGUUCCUUCAUAGAUCUUGUUGUGUACUCUGACGCAUGUACAAGAGCACAAAUAGUGACAUAGUAGUGCCAUUAGCUGGAAAAGUAUCGGGGCAAGAAGAUGGCAAUUUAAGGUACAUUUAUUUCCCUAUAUGCUUCCCUCAGCCUGGAAAAGUCAUCAUGGAGUCUUUGCCAAAAACGUUGAGACAAACUAGUGACAGUGCCACUUUAAGCACUUUACAACAAUUUACUUGAUCAAAAAUGAUGAAUAGAAUGGAUGCCUGAGCUGACUUUAGUUUCAGUGGAGCUGCUAUCGCUGUACUGACCACACCGUUAUCCGCUUUCUCAGUAAAGCUAUCAGACUCAAUGGCUCAGCUCAGGUUCCCUUUCAAGCUGUGACGCAAGGUGUGUUGGGAUAGUGAUUGGCAUAGCAUGCACAUUCUGUGCAACUGUUUGACCAGGCAGAGUGGUAUGUACACCAGUCAUGUACAAACAUUCGUUCUGGAUGUCUAAGACAAAUCAGAUGCCUUUUAAUUCACAUAUGGACAAAUCAAUAUGUCCGAGGUUUUUAAGACUCUUCAGGUAAAUAUCGGAUCAAUUCAAUUCAUCUUUAUAUGGUUUUAAAAAGCAAUUCUUAUGUCCAGGAUGGCCAGAACAAAUAUUUGCACAUGUCUAAUUUACAAAUUUUUGCUCUGUUAUCAACCACUGGUGGGACAGGCUUAUAGCGGCACCAUAUUUUUACAAAUCACUCAUUAGGUGUGCACAAUGAAUGCUUGUAAGAUACAAUGAUUUGACUCAAAUGCAUAAACAUACUAAUAAUUUUGUGUGCACAAUAAGGCACUAGAUAGAGUAGAUUAUUUUAUUUCACAGUAGUUAUGUAAGUACAUCUAGCAUUUGAGCAACAAUAAAAUAUCCUUCCCUUAUUUAUAAUCUUGUUCCAUUAUUUUUUAGAUAUAUCCAUCAGUGGAUAAUGUGAGGACCAGUUUGGAAGGCUAUCCCGGUAGGUGAAUGACCCAGCUCAUUACUAAUUACAAUAUAUAUUUUUUUCCAUGUAUUUAUAAUGUUGUUAUUAUGCAAACUUAAAAUGAAUAGAUCCCUUCUCCGCAGAUAGACACUUUAUGAUAAAGCAUAGAGAGGCUUGUAAGUCACAGCCAGGGGAGGUGGGGCUAGAACUGCAUACACAAAGUUAUUUAACUCCUGAAUGGCAGAGAAUUGAACAGUUAGACUGUGGGUUCAUGAUCCAUACACCAAUACUACUUCAUUAAGCUAAAGUUGUUUUGAUGCAUAACGUGCCCCUUUUAAGUUCAAUUAACCGAGAAGGAGAUAAGAACUUCAGGAGUAAACACAUUGUGCUGUAAAAUUGAAACCAAUUUUUUUCAGUGAGGUUGUCUGAGUCACAGGCAGGAACCAUGUAGCUUGGAAUGCAUGGAAUAAUUUAACUUCUAAAGUGCAAAUAUUUGAGUAGCGGCUGCAAGGGCACAAUCCAUACAUGAAAACUGCAUUGAUUCGACACUUAGAUUAUUCCUUAAAGAUUAUAAUCUACCCCAGGGGUUCCCAAAAGGUAGAUCCCCAGAUGUUGUAGAACUACUACCAUGGUACUUUGCAUGCCUUUAGAAUCCCUUUAGAAUUACAAAGCAUCAUGGAAGCUGUAAAAACCAUCUAUAGAGCUGCCUUUUGGGCACCCCUGAUCUACUGUGUCCCAUGUUUAAAGGACCACUAUAGGCACCCAGACUACUUCAGCUUAAUGAAGUGGUCUGGGUGCCUGGUCCAUCUAGGAUUAACCCUUUUUGCUGUAAACAUAGCAAUUUCAGGGAAACUGCUAUGUUUACUUUAGGGUUAAUCCAGCCUCCAGUGGCUGUCUCAUUGACAGCUGCUAGAGGCGCUUCUGCGCUUCUUACUGUGAUUUUCACAGUGAGAAGACACCAGCGUCCAUAGGAAAACAUUGAGAAUGCUUUCCUAUGGACUGGCUGAAUGUGCGCGCGGCUCUUGCCGCACAUGCGCAUACAGCCGAUGACGGAAGAAGAGGGAGUAGAUUAACCCCUUCCUCCCCCUUCAGCGCCACGGGAGGGGGACCCUGAGGGUGGGGCACACUCGGGGCACUAUAGUGCCAGGAAAACAAGUUUGUUUUCCUGGCACUAUAGUGGUCCUUUAAGCCAAUAAUGCACUGCGUGGGCUCUGUUAAGUUCCCUGCUGUAACCUGCCAGGAGGAGCACUGCCAUAGUUUUCUAAUGUCUUUAUAUGAUAUUACCAUAAUGCCCAGGUAUCUGAUGUAAAGAUCUUGUUCUAAAAAUGUUUGUUCUGCAGCUGGCGGCUCAUUGCCAUACAGCAUCCAGACCGCACAGAAACAGCCAUGGCUACAUUCAUUCUUCCAGUAAGUCGCCAAUAAGAAUUGUAAGAUUUUAUUUAUUUUCAUUACAUACUUUUAGAAAAUGUUUUAAAUGGGAACUGUCACUGUCGACAAAUUGUUACAGGAGAGCACAGUUUACAUCCAAUUCUGCUAGACUGGCAACCUUUAUCUUUCUUUCAGCUUUUGUAAUUAUUGAAUGUAUUUUUUUCAUAGUCCAUUCUGUUUUUUGGGGGGAGGGGGGAGCAGUUAAUCAUCAAUAAUAUUAAUAGUGAAGAGUUUCUAAGAUGAUUAUAAUGUUCCUUGUCUUACAUUGUUAAUCAAUUUCUUGUUGUUUUUGGACAUAUUUAAAGGGACAUUUUAAGUACCAUAAUGGCUACAUCUUACUAUAGUGGUUUUGGUGCAUGUUUACAUUUUUCAAACAGUAUUACACUUCCUAGAGAAGACUUUCAAUAAUUGAACGUCUUCAUGUUCACUGUCAUCACACCCAACAUUAUGACAACCUACACUGGUAAUUCUUUUCCUAGAGAAGUAUUGGGAUAAUGUUUCUCUGAGAAGCAUCCAAUUGACACAGCGAAGUGAUUGCUGCACAUGUGCUGUAGGGUCCCAAUGCUUCUCUAUGCGAAGAAUUGAAUUGGUUUGAGAGAUGAUCACUACUGAUGACCUCAUGGCAGAUAGUCAGCUGCUAGGGCAAGACUGGGAAAAAGCGAUGCUUUAAAAGUGAGUUUAAAUUAUUCUUUAGACUCCCAAAGAGGAAGAGCAAUAGUCAUUUUUUUAAAAAGAACUUUCUGAAAUUACAAAUACAUUUGGAACAUUAGAGUGUUCCUUUAUUAUAAUUUUUUUUAUAUUCUUUAUUUUUGUUGUGCACAAGAGAACAAAGAAUAUUGUAAUGCCACAAUAGCAUGCACAAGAGCACCAAAUAACACAAGAACACAUUUUGCAUAAUGACACAUACAUUCAACAAUGUUGCAUUACGCUGCAUUUUUAAGGAACUGAACAAUUUUAUAGUAUAACGGAUAGAUCAGGGUAGGCAAACAUGUCUGCGGACAAGUAAAAUAGGGAAUUCUAGUAAUGGUGAAUAAACAGUAGAAAUAGAAGUAGAAAUCAGGCUACUUAUAUGUGUCUAAAUGGUACACAGAAAUUAAAGGAUCACUUAAGGGUCAGGAACACAAACACGUAUUCCUGACCCUAUAGUGUUAACACCACCAUCUGGGCCCCUCAUGCCUCCAUAAAUAUAGUAAAAAUCUUACUGUAUUCAAACCUGAAACUGUAACUCUGUAUGCUGUUAGACUCAGAAAAACAAGCACUCUGCUGACAUGUGGUAGCCUGAUCCAAUCACAGUGCUUCCCCGUAGGAUUGGCUGAGACUGACAAGGAGGUAGAUCAGGGGCAGAACCAGCAUGAUUCAAACACAGCCCUGGCCAAUCAGCAUCUCUUCAUAGAGAUGAAUUGAAUCAAUGAAUCUCUAUGAGGAAAGUUCAGUGUCUGCAUGCAGUGGGAUGAGAUACUGAAUGUUUGGAAACAUUUUAGGCAGCCAUGACCCAGGAAGGAUCUCUAACAGCCAUCUGAGGAAUAAAUAACUACAUAUACAUUACAAAAAAUAUAAAUUAAUAAAGAUUCAAAUAAAUCUAAUGAAAAAAAUCCGUACUAAUUUAUUUUAAAAAACGAGUACUCACUUUUUGAAUUUCACCUCCGUUAUUCUGCCUUCUGUCUCCAGCCUCCUCUCUCCAGCCAGACUCCUGUCUCCAGCCUUCUGAAUCCACAUUCCAAUCUUCUAUCUUCAGGCUGUCAGCACGAGCCAACCCACGCUGUGUUGUUGAAGAUCUAAUCUUCCAGACUCCCACGCGCUGCUGCUUACAGCCUCAGGGGUGACAGGAUGCUCAUGCACAGUGCUGCCCUGUGCUUUGUUGACAGCAGAUCUGAGUGGAUGGAGGCAUAUUAUGCUUCCAUCAACUCGGAAGUCCCUCUGGUGGCAGUCUGAGUGACUUCAACUGGAGGUGUUCCUAGCUUUCAAUGUAAACACUGUAUUUUCUCAGAAAAUACAAUGUUUACAUGAGAAAGGCUGCAGGGAGCUAUAGUUUUCACCUGAAUAACCCCAUUAAGCUGAAGUUGUUCAGGUGACUAUAGUGUCCCUUUAAGCUAGUAAGAGAAUAUGUUCAAGACACGGAGAUUAUAGGUAGUGUAACACUUAAGUGGCCUCCAGGGCAGAAAUAAAGCAUUGGGCUUCAGAUGCUCAACAAUUCUAACUACCACUAUUAGGCUGCAGAACGCUACACAAACUAUAAGAUACGUUAUACUAAAUGUAGGAAAUACUCAAAGCAAAAUAAAAACAAUCAUGUUGUGUGAAGGCAUUAGAAGGUGGGGCAACACCAGCCGGCAGGAGUCCCUGGUUGGUCAUCCUAUGCCUCUCAGGGGCAUGUCAUAUGUUUGUGACAGGCAGGCAGUCAUAGGGUGGAAGGGCCAAAGCAGGGGCAGGAGCAUCAGAGCUACGUGUGGAGAUGAGCCCAGUUGUGGCCCCAAGGGCCUCUGCAAUGAGUUAGUCACUCGAAAUAAAGCAGGAUAAGUCCCCUUCUUAAGCUGAUCUGGUGAGAUGAGCUCAGCUUUCCCAAUGCUAUGCUGGCCUGGACGUCUCCACCGUGUUUGGAUGUGCCUUGGUCUUGGCGCUAUGCUUCUUCUCUGAGGGUGCAGCAGGAGUCUACAGUAUGGCUAAGUUCGAAACCCACAAGGGGCAUUGCUCUUCUGGCACCCACUAAUCCUGCUUUCCAGACAACUCCAGAAGUUGUCAAAGAGGAUGUUGAGCUGGGCCUCAAAAUCUUGAUGAUUGACUACGAGGGUAUGGAGACAUGUGGUCUCCUCCAUGCUUGGUAAGUUGAAGCAGGGUCCCUCUGCCUGGAUGGCACAGUCCCCCAGUCUUGCAAUGGCCCAGGAGCCCAUCAGAUAUAGACCAGGAUCGCCCCCCACUGGUUUAACGGGGCUCUUGCAUGAAAUCUUCUGAGCACCUCUGAGUCAGCCAUGUGUGCACUAGUUUCUAGGCCGAAUAAGUCACAGUUUGGUGUGUAAGCUCCUGAUAAAUCGCCAGCUUGUCAGAUGGGUCAGGAAGCUCACCCCGGUCUCAGUUCAGCUUUGUUGAGCCAAAGAAAUUUGCAAUACAAUAAUUUUGCCAGGAUUUUGAAGGAGCUCUCUCGAAACGUGUCUCUCCACCAUGACAAUCAGGCCCUGCCCCCUUUUAAAAUGUAUAAUUUGUGUAUAUUUCCUUUGUAGUUAGAUUUCUAGUAGUUAAACAUCUAGUUGUAGAUUUGAUUAGAGCAGGGAUGCCGCUAGGCAGCAGCUAAUUAAAUGAAAAAUUUGUUUUUAACAUAACUACAGCUACCACACCAAUGGUUGUUAAUGUCUCAGAUGGACACUGUACUUACAAAGUAUAAACUGUCCUCCUGAUAGUAGAACCAAUAGUUGGCUGAUGGUGUAAAUUCUAAUAACUUUUCACUGCUUCCUAUGCCAGUUAUUAUUCUUAUUAUUUUUUUUAUCUUCCUUUCUAUAAUUCAUUUCUAUUCUAAAUGGUACCAUAUCCCUGUUUUGUUUUUUAAAUCUGGCAACAAAAACAGCAGCUCACCAAAAGCAGAACAUUAAAUAUUCCAAAAUGUGCCUGUUUUCCUGUACAAACCUUCUGACUCAGCCCUGUCUUUUCUCCAGUAGGUGGAAAGCAGAGACCUCUGGCCGUAGCAGAGCGAUGCCUCAUAUCAAAACGUACAUGAGAGUCUCUCCCGACGUCCAGGAGUUGGCCUGGUUUAUAGUAACAAGGUAAUUCAAUUCCCACUAUGUCCUAUUAUAAAACUUCUUUAAUAGAGGGAGACAACACAGCUGUAACAUCAUUUGGAUGAUAAUAAUACCAGGAGCCAGAUGCACAUGGGUAUAUUUUCACCGUUGCCAACUGCUUCAUUAAGUAAUGUUUCUAAGUUUUUUUUAAAUGUAUAAUUCCUGCCUGAUUUGUAUUUAAAUUUCUUGUACUGAGGUUGUGAGUGGGUUUGUUUACAUUUUACGUUUGCUCUAGCUUGAGGUUGUAUCUAAAACUGCCAGGCCCCAAAAUUGCCCAUAGAACAUGGCAUAUUGCCAAUUUCACUGCUUGGGGUGUUGUUUUUGUUGUUGUUGUUGGUUUUUUUUGUUCUUAUUUAUGUUGUUGGUGAGAUAAUUCAGUGAAUAGAUCUACAGCUGACGUAUCUAAGAGGCACACGACGGAAGUUUUCCAUCAUGCUGGCCUAUUACGUCUGACGCUGUGUCCUUAAGGGUACAAAUUCUCGAUGAGGACGCCCUAGGAAAAUAUUGACAUAGAUUUCUGUUUGUUUUCUUUGGUCGUCUCAGCACUGAUUAUCAUCUUCUUCUUUCUGAUUUUGUGUGUAUGUAGCACCCAGUAGAGCAAUGGUUAACACAUCGUGUGCCUCCAGCAGAUAAAAUCCUCCAAUCCAGUAGCCAUAGCUAACUUCCUGAUAAAGACAUUCCUUUGUAGAAAAACUCCCUGUUUCACAGCCUGAGGUUACUGCUGAGCAGAGAGUCCCACUAGAUUUCCACCAAGAACAAACAAACCGCAAGAUUCAUUAAGUAUAUCAGCAAGCAUGAAGGUUAGGAGAGGGGAGAUCAGAAUAGAGUCUGUUACAUGGAAUGAUAUUGGGAGUUUUGGUAAAAUAUAUGUUUUAUUUUGCUUUUGAAUUACUGGAAAAGUUUGGAAGAAUCUUGCAUUAUAAUGUUUUUUUUUUUUUUUACCCAAGUACAUUUGUACAAAUAGUUACAAAGGCCCAGGUCAAGGAGAGAUAUUUAAUGGGAGAUUCGCUCAUACUGCCUUCAACCUUAAUCUCAAACUGGUUUAGAACUGCACAUUUCCAUCCUGAAAAUUGGAACCGUUUAGGCACCAAAAUCACUUCAUCUAAUUGAAGUGGUUAUGGUGCCUGAAGUCCUCUGGCACCUGCUCAUGGUUCAGUGUUCAACUAUUUAAGUGGUUUAACACUGACUGAAGGUGCAACCCAGCCCUCCCUGCAGCUAUGGCUAAGGCAGAUAUUACACUCCACAUACCAAGUCUUACCAGCUAUGGGUGACCACGAUAAACUGAGCAAGGUGAGCUGAAACUCUCAGUCAACCGCUAUCGCAUAUCGCUGCUCAAGAGGGAACGGGUUUCGGCUGUUAGCACCCAGAGGCUUUCAUUCCAUGUUAAACCAUUCAUUCAGUUUAGCAUUGAGCCUUGAGAUGGCAGCCAGGAACUUCAAGGACCAUAACCACUUCAGUGAAAUGAAUUGAUUAUGAUGCCUAGAGUAUCCCAUUGAUAAAUAAUUAACUAACGAGGUCUGUGCUUCUGAGUGCAAGUUAUAAAGAGCAAAUCAAUAGGCCUGUAGCGUUCGUCACAUAUAGCCCAAAAUGUGUUUGCGUUCUAUUGUGAUGUAUCCCCCUGUUUGUACACUAUAAAUUUUAUUAUUCAUUGAAAUUAAAAAAAAAGAUUUGCUCCUAAUGUGGGUUGUUGCUGUUCUUCACUACCCUUAUGGCUGCUAGCAACUACUUGGUUAUUUGCAGUAGAGCAACCACAGGUUGUCACGUGACAUUUACAGAAUAUGUAAACUUUAUAUUUCUAAAGCUAAUCCAUUUUACAGUCAGGUACAGAUGAUCAGUGGCUAGGUGUGAUUUGAGUUGUACUUCACCACCUAGAAAUUUUUAUUAAAAAAACCUUUGUGAAAAUGGAAGAGAAAAUAAUUCUGUGGUUUCCAAGGCAAUGAGUACAGCUUGUGUGUGUGUUUUCUUUGUCCCCUUGAUUAUAGUUGUUUUUGUUUUUUCAAUCUUCAUUUAAAAUGCCUAUAUUUAGAGAUUUUUAAUUGCAGGACUAAAAAGAAAGAUGCAUCCUUAUUCAAAUAUGUGAGUUUUGUUAUCCUAACAUCAGCUGUGUGUGUUGCUAGGAGGCAGUGAAUAUAAAACUUGUUUUUAGUAUGGUAGUAAUUGACAUCUGCACAAACACCUUUAAUUUAACCUCAUUGGGGCUCAGUCUUAAUUACAAUAAAUCUGAAAACUUACUGGGGAAGUCUAUGUUUAAAAAAAAUAAUUUCAAAAAUCUCAUUUUUAAUUCACUUGAAUAGGACCGUUAAACAAAUGCGUUGAUUCAUUUUAAAAUAAUUUUCCCAAGUAUCUAAAAUCCUACAUCUUCAGCAAGUUCUGCAUCUACGCGGAUCCACCCCCUUUUUGCACAGCUUUAACUUCCUUAUUUUUAAUGAACAAUGUCCAAUCAAAUGCCUCUCAUAGAGAAGAAUUGGGGACACCAUGAACACAUUUAGAAACUAUUAAAAAAACAAAUGCAUAAAAAUGGAUAUUUGUAAAAAAAUAAAUAAAUAAAAGAUUGAAUAAUUACUAAAUAUUUUACAAAUUAUAUGAAUAAAAUUAAAUACUUGGUAUCAAGGAUAGGUACCCUAACUCGCAAACUUUUGUAUUUAAAAAAAAGAUUUUUUUGCCAAUUUUUAUUUAGAGUUUAAACUGCACUGUCUUGCCGAACUUACCUUUCCCCAAUCGCUUCCUUUACUCUUCCUCACUCAGAAUAUGUUCUUCUUUUCUUCCUAUCUGAUCUAGUACAUAAGUAGACAUUACUUUGUCUUAUGUAUUUUUCCUACGCCUAACCUUUUUUGACCAAAGGUGACGGGAGAGGGGGAGAUCUACUGUCUCCUCCCCCCACCUCCAUCCUUGAGCAGUAGGUCCCCUUCACCUUUGGUCACUGAAGGACCUCCACCUGAUUGCCACAGGCUACUCACUGUUUAGUAGACAUGCCCCUACUCGCGGCAUAGACAUAUCAACCAUAACACAAACAGGGGGGCACGUAGACCCCUAUACAUUUUAUCAUAUAUUUUAACAUAGAUAGAAGAAAUAGGAUAGAGAAUAUUAAAAUACAGGCCUAGAUCAGGAUAGGAGAAAGAUCGAUAAACAAGAGUAACAGAGCCAAGGGUCAGUAAAUGAAUAAAAAAGAAAAAAAUAAUUAGUUCUUGGGCUACUAACCACUAUGACAGGGCUAUGAAGAUAGGUUACCAAAGCUUAAUAUAGGCCCCUGUAACCUCUGAUUGGCCUGCAUCAGGUGUGACACCAAAAUGAACGUGACCUGCAUUGUGUGGGCAUGGAUAACUAGCAAAAACCCUCUCUUGGCUCCGUGGAUUCAUGCUAAGCAGACAUGGACUUUGACAUAAUCUGUGCAGAUUGCAUUUCUUUCUCAUUGUUUCACUGGCUUUUCUUCAUUUUGUUCCAUGUUCUUAUUUAAAGGGUCCUUAACUCCUUUACGGACAUUAGUAGCACUAGUUGCAUUCUUUGAAAUUCGUAUCGAAAGCUGAAUAUGUCUCAUAAGCCGGGCACAGUUUAUUUAUAAAAUCUGUGAAUAAAGAGAAAGCUUUGGCAACAUCUUCACUCCCUGGGCAGUGGGCUUCUCAUUGUAAAUUAAGAAAUGGAAAAGGGAAACCUUAAUAAGCUCUAUUGUACCCCCAGUGUACUGGAAAGUAGCCUUGAUGUCUAUAUACAACAUGCUUUCCUUUUUUCCUUUGGGCAAAAAACAAAGCACCCUGUCAAUCAGUACCAACCACAGAAAAUUCUGAGAAGGUUCCUUAGCAACCAGCCAGCUGCUUAUAUCCAGGCAAAAAUAUUCGAAAUAAGCAUAAGCGCCUGUGUUGGCCGCAGGUUGGUUUGAUAUUAUACAUGAUGAACCAGAAAGCCGGCAGUGCUGAUUAAGAAGUCUUCUACUGUUCGCUUUUAUUAUUGGCCAUGCUUGCCUGGAGACACGUGUAAUCAUAACAGGAUAUACGGUAUUUCCCACUUCCUGUAACUAUAAAUACUUCUGGCAUUCAGGGCUUUCAUGCUUGAAUUUUCUGAUAUAAGCCUCAAUUUAAUAAUAAGCUUUUCAAAUGAUUCAAUACUGUUAGAAACAUUUUGCAAAUAAAUUAUCUUCCCAUGGACUGUAAUGGGAAGUUCUGUAGAUUCAUCAUUUGGAAAAAUUUUCUAAAAGUAUUGAAUAGUCUGGAAAGCUUAUUAAAUCAACACCAUAACCGGGAAUUGUUGUUUGCACAGACGGUCCAUGAUAUUGGCAAGUCUGAUUUUUCCAGAGCUAUCAUCAGUGUCAGGUCCCCUGCCCUCGCACCGCUCGCGGUGACCUUGCACACCUCAUCACAGCAAGCGGCGCCAUCUGGUACCUGUCUCCAGACUGGCAAUGUGUUUGAUGCUGACCCGGCUAACAGUGAUGACCUCAGAGACCACAAGGGAGGGAAGAAACUCCUCCCACAUGUUGUGGUUAACACUAAUUGAAGGUUAGCCAAUCAGACACACCCUGUGUGCAUAUACGCUAACCUCUCCCUUGUCUCAGUGCCCUGUUGUGGUCUUUGGUUUACCAUUGAACAUUGCACUUGUUAUUUGGAUUUCCUGGUUACUAAUGUUUGGCUUUGUCUAUCGUUAUUCUGUCUCUCUGUUUCCCUUGACCUCGGCUCGUGUUUUGACUAUCCCCUUUUUGCAUAACCCGACCAGUCUAAGGAUCGGUAUUGUAAUUCUCUCUACUCUGUCCUGUCUGCGUGUUAGGGUUCCCUAGUGAACGUGACAACCAGUCUUGAUGUUGAGAUGUAAUGUCCUGGAAUGGACAGGUGUCUUUGACAUCAAGAAAAUUAUCUUUUAAUAAAGUAUGUCUGUAUUUGUGAAUGUUUUCCACAGCAUAGUCCUCGAUUUAAUAUUGUUGGGUAAGCAUUUCAAAUAUAACAUUCUAAAAUAUAUUUAUAUAUAUAUAUUUUUAAAUAAAUAAAUUUAAAUAUUAUUACUAUUAUUAUUAGAACUGAAAUAUCCAAAAAGAUAUCUUAUAUAACAAAUAUAUCCAUACAUAAAAAAUUUAAAUAUUACAAAAUUUAAAUCUUUCAUAAUAUUGCCUGAUUUGAAAAUUGUAUUAAAAAUCUUAACUCUUUUAAAAAUCUUAUCCAACAAUGUUAAAUUUGAGGUCGUAGUCUAUAAAUGACCUACCUGAAGGUCAACUUGGGCUCACCUUGAUUUUUUAACAAUCGGUUGACUUUAUAUGUAAUAAAAUAUUGGCAAUAUACAUGCACGUUUUGGGGUAAAAAAAGGGGGUAUACUUUUGGUUUUGGAGCGCAUCCUUUUUGAUGAGAUAUGAAAUAUAUUUCUUCUAAUUGCACUUCAGUUUAGCACAAAGUUCAUCGUAUUCACAGCUUGAACCACUGCCAUAUAUCUGCACUAGUGUUAUGUAGCAAUAAACAGUGAUUGCUUGCUUGCAUGCAGUGCCCAAUACUAUUUGCAAUUCCAAAAGUUAAAAAAUAAAUAAAAGUAUUAGGAAUUUAAACUGAAAUUGACAACUGAUAAUGUAAACUCUGUCUCCCACACACCAUAAAAAAACAAUUUUGCUCAUACCAUUAAUUUCCAAUAAAUGCGCAGAUCCCAGAACUGCCGGUUUUUACCGAACAGGUGAUAAUACAUAACUCACAACAUGCAAAUUGGACAGAAAAGGUGUUAAUUUCUCAACUCGCAAGUGGCGCACUCAUGCAUAACUUAUUGAGUACAUAUCUUUGUAUCCUAAAAUGUGAUAUGCAAGAAAACAAACCUGAUACAUCGGGAUAGAUUUUUUUCCUCCACAUCUAUGACAUUUUGGGGUAUGCCCAUGUACAUUAGAUGCACAAAAUGUUUGCAAGAAAGAUUACUGAGGAUUCUAUACAAAAAUUUCCAGCAAGUAUGAUCAGUUGUUAGAGCAAAAACAGUCUCUCUUUACAACCCAGGUGUUGGCUAGGAUACAAAAGGCUAUAGUAUGGUAGUUCUGUUCCAUAAUAGCUUAGCUGCAUCCUUGUCUUUACACUUUGUUUUGUGCAGCAGAUGACCUAUUUGAAAGACAGUCACUAUGAUAGCGUUGCCGACCUAUGUACUGUAAUCCCGUUGCCUGCUUUGAUGUAGCGGAUGCUUUAGAAACCUUUUGACAUACUUUUAAUGCUUUGCUGAAUUCCUUUGAACUCAGUAGUACGGCUAAUGAAUUGUCCAUAGAUACACGAACAUACCCGGAUAAUAUUCUUCAUAAAAGAAGGUUGUUAAAGGGAAAUUCAUCAAAGAAGUAUUUGAAGCAUAAUUAUAUAUUUAUUACAAUUCAAAGUUUGAGAUUUCAGUACAGUUAUUUGAAUUAUGAGAGAGUAGCAAACAACAGUAUCAUGUUCUAAAAAAAAAUGGGAACCAUAAGGGAUACCUUUCGAAAGAGAGAAUCUCAAAAAGGAUACAAUGAAACAGAAUAGAAAGGUAGGCAAACAACAAAGGAAAGAAGGAAAAGAGAAUAGUCAAAUUAAAGAGGAGGGAAGGGUAGGAGGAGAGGCAAAUAGAAGAGGAAGGGAGGGUAGGAUGUAAAGGUGUGAGAGGAGGCGAGACACGUCUUAUCAUUUCCUGCUACAAUGUGAAGAAGAUAUUAUGUUAUUAGUAUUAUUAUAUGAACUUUUCCAUGUGUUUCUUAAAGCAACAAAUUACACAGACAUACACACGCACUUUUCCUAACUGCCUGCUGAUCCGACCCCUUUGUGACCAGUAACCAUCCAAAUCAAGCAUAGUGGGCACAGGGAGUAUAAAAGAACAUGUCAUGAACUCGUAAUCAGAUUGAUGAAUAUCAUAGAAACAUAGAAUGUAACGACAGAUAAGAACCAUUGCCCUCUGCAGACCCCAAAGGUUAUCUCAGUCUGCUGGCAGGGGACAAUGCUUUAUGGCAGUAUUACCAGGCAAUUAACAGAGCUGAACACAACACAACUCUGAGCAGGGGGGUAAACAUCCACCUUGCCUCACUCCCUGUAAACAUUCAUUCUGCAUGUGGCAAAGAUGCCUCUGCCAUGUGCUCUUGGAGGAGCCUUCUGGCUUUACAAAGACCUGUAAAAAGAAUGUGUGGCGGAAUGCCGUCACUAAGUACCGUUCCCACUCGCUUGCUUGCUUAUUAUUUCCAAGUCUUCAGGCUGGGGAUCUCCCCAUCUAAGAGGCAAUGUAUUGUUGUGUGUUCGCAACUCAUGUUGGGCUGGAUUGGAAGAUUGCACUCGUCCCAUUCUGGAUAUGAUAUUGAAACACAAGGGGUUGUUUGUUCCUGAAAGCUGAUGAGCAUUAACAUGUCAAAGGACUUCCUAUCUAGGAGGCAAUUAGGACAUGUGACAAAUGAAAGAGUUGAUUUUUGCUACAGCCAGACUUCCAGGCCACUCAUGUGUGACUUCUCACACCUGACCGAGUGGCUCUGUUGGGGGGUCCCAGCUUCAAAGAUGAACUCGAUUGUAAGCUCUUACCUUCUGUGCAAUCAAUUAACCCCUUUUGAAAUAUUAAAAUGUGUGUGGGGGGCAAUUGUAGAUUAUUUUUUGUUCCUGAGAGAUAAUUACAUUAAAGAGGCUUCCUCACGCAAUUAUCUCUCAGGCACAGAGGAUCAUGGGAGGGAUUACCCUGUAUCUUUGUGUUGGAAAAAAGAAUGGUACAGUACUCUCUAAAAGUAAUGUAUCUAAAUAAAACAACACUAUGUUGUUGUAUUUUUUUUUUUUGCGAGAGUGCUCUACCUUUCUUUUUUUUAAUUUAAAAUACAAUUUUCAGCUCAGAUUUGCUGUUUGAAUUUCCUAGAUGCAUUGCCUGAAACAGCCCGCAAAUCAUAUUUUUUGGAUCAGUCUAACAGAGCUAUAUUGUCAAUUAAAAAUUAAAGUGACGGGUGGCGGGCCCUGACCACAGACUGAGUCAGUCGCAUUGUGCUACAGCUCCUCCAGGAAAAUCACUAAAAUGCAUUAAAGUGGGGCGAUUCUGCUCUAUUUUUGGCUGGAAUCCUGCUCUUACUCCUGGGGAGCACACGGUUACCUAUCGGAGUCAAUUUAACCUGAAUCCUGUAGACACAGCGUGUGUUAGACUCCACUACGACCUACAGCUCCAGUUGAGGGCAGGCAGGUGGCCGAUCCGCUGCCUCUAAUUGGAGCCUAUUAAUCCUGAGCUCUGUGGGGGAUAUCCCGGUGCCCUCUGGCAUAUCAUGGUGGUCAGCCUGAUGCAACCUCGAGCAACCUGGUGCUAUUCCCUUGCAACACACUGCAGAUUCUUUACCUAAGAUGGCGGCCAGACAAGGCCUGAAGUUACCUCAGGAGCCUCCUCACAGCCCUGCAACAACCAUCCUAUGUCGCCUGGACAAAAUAUUUCAGGCCUUCUGGGAAAGGAUUUGUGCAAGAUCCCAAGCUGGAAUACCACAGCAUCAGGGGGUCUGAGCUGAAAGCGAACAGUCAGGGAACAUUGAACACCCUCAAGGUGAUCCUGCUACCACUGCGCCCCUCAGCACAACCGCUCACCUAACUAGGCCGAGAGCCUCACUACAUCAACCUCGUGUAAGGAGCAUGGCACGGCGCCAGAAGCUUGCACCAACCAGAUCACUCACCUAUCACAGACUGGGAAAGGACAAGGUGUCUGAGAAGUCCAGAACCCGAUGACUAUUGAUGCAGGCACUCACACAAGCCUGGGGCCAGAAGAGCGUGGAUUGUUUGGGCGUGGAUACGCCGGCCACCAGCCGAACACUCUGGGCCAUGUUACCACACCACAAGACUUUCCAGGAUUCACUCAGAGGUUCCCACCUCUAGAAGUCGGCUGAUCCUACCUCUCAACCUACAGCUUUGGGUCAGAUUCCUCCCCGAUUUAAAGCGGACGCUGUCUACCAUACUUACUUCCUGCAACUUGAUUUCUCUUUAUUCAUUAUUUUCUCUGUUAUGCACUAAUGAAUCGGUUCACUCAGCUCCAGUGACCUUACUUCUCCCUAGCUAUAUAGCAUGUUUAAAGGCAAUACUAGUAGUAUUGUGGCCUGGACUGCGCUAUUAUUGCCACCCUUUAUAUUUCAUUUUAAUUUCAUUUCCUUGUACAGCACGAGGAGCUGUACACUGUUAAUGAUGCCAGAGGUUAAAUCACCUGCUAGUUCCGCUUGUUAGCCUGUUUACGCUAAUGCUGAUGAUGUUUCUAGUAGACAGUAAAUAACAUGUCUGACUUUCCCUCUCCAUUCACAAGUUCAUCACCAGCUUAAUGUAGACAUGUCUGCCUGCUUCUGCCUGUUCUUAAAAUACAAAAAAUGAGGUAUUGCCAAUCGUUUCUGAAUUGCUAUACACUAAUUGUUACGGUUACCUCCAAGCUAGCUGAAGGCUGGACCGCUUGGAUGUCCUGGUUCCCGAUUGUGGAGAGAGAGAAGCGCUGUUACGCAAACCACGAGAAUACUGUGAAUGUAAAGCAAUCCCACUAGCUUGUUCCCACAAAACGAGUUGAGGCUGCGAUUUGAUGGUCAAAAUGAGUUUAAUGGCACACAGGCAUCGCUAUUGAUGCAAAACCUCUGGACCUGAUGGUAUACAGGGACAAUACAAACAGUUGACCAAUGGCAUUACAGUGUAUCAUUCGAAAUGGUCACCGCCCAGCUUGGAGAUAAUGACUCUAACGGUUAUAGCAAUUUAAUUAUCUCCAAGCGCCCAAAAUCCCAUAUUUAUUUGUAACAAAAAACAGUAUAAAAAUAUAUAACUAUGGGGCAGGGCUUAGCGCCAACGGAACAGACAGAGCUUUUUAGAGCUCCGGACACCGACCGUCAAAACCACCACAAAGAGGGGUACCCCACGGCCAUCGGAUCCCCUAACACAAACCAACACCCUCUGGAAGGGGUGAGCUAUGGGCACAUGCCUUUUAUGUACCCGAAAUCGGGCAAGAAAGCUUGACGCAAAUCCGGGGCCUACCUCGGAUACCCUACCACGCGGGCUGCCGCACAGGACCUCAAGGCUGAGAUGGAAGAGCUGUGCAGCUCCCCCUGGAGGCCUGUUGAAUCCCUACAGCACACAGACAUCAUGGGACGUAGAACCCAGAAACAGCAGCCUGACCCCUGCAAACACUCCCAGGAUAUAGGGGAGAUGCUGCAGCACCCAAUGGCCCCUAAAAUGGCGGCCUAGCCGGACACGGGAACACAAAGUGCUAAACUCACUGGAGAAUUACAUCCCACCGUAAAUGCCAGUACACCCACAACGUCCCAAGAGGAACUGACAGACCCACUAGCUCCUGCUACCAAGCAGGACAUUGUCAGCCUCCUCAGGGAGCUGCGACAAGUGUCGGCGGCAGAAAUAGCUGUGGUCCGCACCGAUGUGCAGGCGGUAAAGGCUCGUACACAAGCCACAGAGGACGCAGUGCUGGAGCUCAGGAGAGAGGUACGGGACUUGAGGGAUCAAAUGCAAGGCCUCCAACACUCGCAUACAUCCCUGACACAGAGGGUAGAUGUUACAGAGGACCAUAACAGACUCCCCAACAUCAAAGUCCGAGGUGUCCCAGACUCAAUUAGCCAGUUGGAAUUGCCACAAUACCUACGGUGUCUGGUGGAAACACUCCUACCACACUCCCAGGCUAAAAAAAUCCAGUUUGACGGCUGCUACAGAAUAAAUAAAUCAAGACAGGCCCCAACUGAGGCCACCCACAACAUAAUUAUACGCUGCCACUCGGUGUCAGACUGGAACCGCCUCCUGGCUGCGCUGAAGGGCAAAACACCCAUGGACUUUGACCUUUCUAGAAACACACUACAAUGGCGGAAAUCACUAGGAGCGGUCACAAGCCGACUAAGGAAAGCCAAAGUGGAAUACCGAUGGCUACUACCGAGGGCACUGACGACUACCACAGCAGAUGGCAGAACUCUCAGGCUCACUUCUAUAACUGAUGCCGCAGCAUUCCUUCAGGCACUGGGACUGAACACACCCCCGGAUGAGCCUAACAUAUGUAUCUCACUCCAGCGCACUCGCUUAUCUACUAAACAGUCAUUUUAAUGAUGAACAAUUUUCAGUUUUAUUAAAAACACCUAAUCUAGGCUAAAAAUAUAUAAAAAUUUAUAUUUUUUUGCCUAGAUUAGGUGUUUUUAAUAAAACUGAAAAUUGUUCAUCAUUAAAAUGACUGUUUAGUAGAUAAGCGAGUGCGCUGGAUUUUCAUUUUUACUGUACUUAUUGGCCCCCAGCAGCACCCUAAUUUAGCAUGUGUAGGUGAGUGCAGCCAAACCCUUAUUUUCUCGUACUCCACUAAUAUAAACAUUCCUGCAUUAGCAGUAUCUAUCCCCUUUCAAUCAGCAUCACCGCUAAUCCUCCGCAUUAAUGGGAGCCUCCUACCGUUCAGACUGAGCUGUUACCAGAUGAGUAGCUACCCAUAUAUAUAUUAUAGCAGGAGGCUUUGCAGCAAAAUGAUGUUCAAUAAAUUGACUUCAAACAGCAGGGACGUCAAACCUUGUAAAGUAAUUACAUUUCCUCAGUGAUUUGCUGAUUAUUUUGUAAAAUGUGAGUCAUUAGCUGUGACUGUGCCACAGUUCAGUGUGUGGAUUCUGCUAUGUGCAUUAACCAAUAAAACGGUAGCCCAGUCUACUUGUCCUGACACAAAAUCAUUUCAGAUUGGGGCACCUGGCUAGAGCCUUGGACAGUGGCAAUGUUAUUCAAUUAAAGGGACACUCCAGGCACCCAGACCACUUCUGCCCAUUGGAGUGGUCUGGGUGCCAACUCCCACUACCCUCAACCCUUGAAUUUUUAGAAAAUAUUUUGAUAAUUUUUAUAUAUUUGUUUAUAUCAAUUUUACUUAAUCGUAUUAAAAAGUUUUUCAAAAAUAAUGAAGGCACACUAUAGGCACCUGCACCAUUUCAUCUCAUCUCAUUGAAGUGUGUGUAUUUGGCAUUGCCCCUGUCUUUUUAGCCCUGCAAUGUAAAACAAUGAAGUUUAUCUGCUACAUCAUUAUUUCCAUUGCAGGGCUAAACACACCUUUAGUAGCUGUCUUCCUGGCCGCCACUAGGGGAGCUUCUGCUGUGAAAACAGAGCCAGACUGGGGUAUCACAUGCUUCUUAUAGAGAGCACUUGAUCAGAGGAGAGCGGCUCUGGCCGCAAAUGCGCUUCUUAUCAACUCUCUUCGAUGAGGAGAAUGACAUUGGAUGACAGGGACGAAUUACAUAAUAAAUCUUGACACUCAGUGAGAUGUUUACUGGCUGUGUGUAAUGUUUGUUGUUUUCUCCCCUCCCUCCCCCACGCAUACCUUUCUGGAGUGCGUAGGUCUAUUGUCCUUUUAUGGUCCAUUGGUGGUUAAAGUACCUUGUGGUGUGCACCUCCUGUGGCAGAGCUAAAAUUAAAAUUAAACCUUGCCUAUCCAGGGGAUCAGAAUUUCCCAUCUCUGUGCGUGCACAGUGUAGUUGAGAAUUAAUAGUGCUUAAGGGUAAAAAAACAUAAUAUGAUUAUAUGAAUACAUUUCUAAAACCAAGUAUUCGUAAUGGAAUACUCACAUAUAGGAUAGCCAUUUAGCUUUUAUCUAGAACAGGGUUGAAAAAUGUCAAGUCUUGUGCAACUAGACAGGCCUAAAAGUUAUUUGCCACUGCAAGCCUAGGGGAUCCAUGGCACAUUUACCAGCAGUGAAUUUUCAGUCAAUGGCUAGUGAGCAAGUAGGUAUUUUUAGCCCUGAUCUACAAUCUUUCCACUGGUGCCCUUAAAGAAGGCAACCUUCUCUUUAUUUAUAAAGUAAUUACUCCCCAGUGAUUUUCUCUAAAAUGUGUCACUACAUAUAAAGCUAAAGGAUAGAUGCAGAUAAUAGUGCAGUAUGCUGGACUUAACCAAGCAUUAAUAGAUAUUUAUAAUACACUGAUCAGCCACAACAUUAACACUAUCUUCCUAAUAUCAUGUGGUUCCCUCUCGUACUGCCAAAACAGCUUUGAUGAGUAGAGUCAUGGACUCCAUAAGACCUCUGAAUGUGUCGUGUGGUAUCUGGCACCAAUACAUUAGUAGCAGAUCUUUUAAGUCCUGCACGUUGCGAGGUGGGACAUCCAUGCAUCGGAUUUGUUGUUUCAGCACGUCCCACAGAUGCUCAGAUGGAUUGAGAGGACUUUGGAGGCCAAAGCAACACCUUGAACUCUCUGUAACUCUCCUUAAACCAUUCCUGAACAAUUUUUGCAGUGUUGCGGGGUGCAUUAUCCUGCUGAAAGAGGCCACUGCCAUCAGGGUAUACUAUUGCCAUGAGGUUGUGUACGUGAUCUGCAACAAUCUCUAGUUGGGUGGUUUGUGUCAAAGUAACAUCCACAUGAAUGCCAGGACAGGUUUCCCAGAAGAAAUAUGCAGAGAACAUAACACUGCCUAAACCGGCCUGCUUUGUUCCAUCUCUUCCUCAGGUAAACCAUGUACACAUCCUGCAAUCCACCUUCGCUAAAAGAAAAAGUGACUUGUUAAACCAGGCAACCUUCUUCCAUUGCUCCGUUGUCCAGUUCUGAUGCCCAUGUCCCCAUCGAAGGCGCUUUUGGCGGUGGACAGGGGUCAUUAUGGGCACUCUGAUCGGUCUUCGACUACGCAACUCCAUACGCAGCAAACUAUGAAUCACUGUGUGUUCAGACAGCUUUGUAUUAUGGCCAGCAAGAUGGGUUGUUGGUUAUAGUAGCUCUUGUGUAUGAUCGGACCAGACGGGCUAGCCUUCGCUCCCCACAUGCAUCAGUGAGCCUUGGGUGCCCAUGGCCUUGACACCGGUUCAUUAGUUGUCCUUCCCUGCACCAGUUUUGGUAGGUACUAACCACUGCAUAAAUGGAACACACAGCAAGAAUUUUUUGGAGAUGCACUGACACAGUCCUUUAGCCAUCACUUAUUUGGUCUUUUUCAAAGUCACUCAGAUCUUUUCGCUUGUUUAUUUUUUUCUGCUUCCAACACAUUCAAGAACUGACUGUUCACUUGCUGCCUAAUAUAUCCCACCCCUUGACAGGUGUCAUAACAAUUUAAUCAAUGUUAUUCACUUCAUCUGUCAGUGGUUUUAAUGUUAUGGCUGAUCAGUAUAUGUUCACUGGCACUGGGUUAAAUAGUAAGUGUAUUCUUGAACGCGUUGUACCAGACUAUAUAUACAUACACAAUAUAAUGCCAAAUAAAAUUAAAUGUAAAAAAAAUAUAUAAACUGUGAAAUAUUAAAGAGUGAAAGACAGGCAGGCAAGGGUGUCUUGGAAAAGUAUUAAUAUGCUUUAUGUAUAUAUAUGUCUAUAUGUAUAUUACAAGAAGGCAGUAAAAUAUUUCCCAUAUUGCAUUGUGUCUUAGAAGGAUGAGAGGUGACAUAUGCCAAGGACACCACUCUAUCAUGUUUGUGUGUUCUGAGCUCUUGAAUAGCGGGGAAUAAUUAUGGAUCAUCUGGUAGCUCUAUGUCCAUGCAUAUUUUGUAUUUUAACUCUUUCAGAGUUGGAGAUUCUAACCACACAAUGUACAUUGGCAGACACAACAUGAACAGAUGCCAACCUUCCAGUCCUGCUUUAUCAACGAAGUAGAAGAUCAGGUUUCAGUGUGCACCUCUCCGUCGCAUACAUAUUUAACAGAGUGCCUAGCUUGUGAUAGGUACUUCGUAUCCAAACUUGCCAGCUUGCAGUAGGGAUAUAAUAGUCCGCAAAUAUAAGAUCAGUUUGCGGUAUAUUAAUUACAUAUUUGCUGUUGUGUGUCUUUCCUUAAUUUAGCUGUGUGCAGGGUGUUUUUAAUCCUGAAAAUAGCAUAUUUAUACCAUUUAUAAUCUCACAUUAUAGAAGACACACCAACAGUUAAUAUUGUUUUAGGAAGAUAAAACUGUCAUGUAUCGAGAAAGGUCAAGCAGUCAAUUAAAUUUGCGUCCUAGUUUGGCGGGCAGAAAAUGGCAACUAGCCAUAGAAACUGCAAAACUAUUUUUUUUUUCAUAAUUUCGUGUUCCUUUUAUUUAGAAGCAAUUUGUCGUUUAAAAAGCUUUCUGGUUGAAGAUCAGUGGAGAAAUAAACGAAUCUGUAACUUUGGGAUCUGUGAACAAGAGCUAUGUGUUGCUUUGGGUUUCACUUUGGCACUCGUUGGGUUAAAGAUGAUCUCAGCGAUUGUCCUGGUAACAUAACUGAGGUCCUUAUGUAAUUGUCUUUAAUUCUAGUCAGCGAUCAAAGCUUCCUAAUAAGAGCAUGAUAUUCAAUAUGUAAAUUGCAUCAACUUGACUAUUUUUCCACAGAGUGGCUAGAAUUUCCAUGAUGUUAUAUAGUGAAACGUGCAGGUUUAGAACCCAAAUAGAUCCUUUUAAUGCCCUGGCAGACUCAGUUGGGUAUAUCUGUGUCAUGCAUUGUACUACUAUCGCCUAUUAUUAGUUACCUUGGCACAUAGUAUUAUUUAGGCUUUGCUGGGUACAAACAGUAGAGGAAUAACUGAUAAUAAAUAUCUGAUGGGAACAAAGUGCAGUCCUUUUGCAAAGAAAGGGUUAACCUUCAUAAAACCAUUGUAUACCCCAUAUGGGUGUCUGACUUGUAUAAGUAAGUAUAUUCAGGUUAUUUUGUAAAGUUGUAACCUGUCCACGUACACCCCCAAUGUAAAACAUAAUGUUAUGCAAUCAAACUAUUCUCUGAAGCUGUAUUCAUUGGCUAGUGUACUGCUGAGUUUAAAGGGACACUCCAGAUCCUUUAAGCACUUUAGCUUUGUGUGAAGAGUGUGUCCUCUUUUUUAAAAUGGUAACACCCCCUUGGCUUUCAAGUAGACAGCAGUUAAUAUCACUUCCUGGUUUGGUUACCUCAGUGGAACUAAACUCAAGAGGCAGCAAUUGCACAGAGCACCUGCCUUGCAAAGGAUUCUCAUUGAGAACAGGGCCAGACUGGCCUACCGGGAUACUGGGAAAUUUCAGGGUGACCGACAGGAGGGAAUGCGCUCCCCUCCUGCCUGUCACAGAAUGUAGUGUGGCCGAGCAGGCAGACCGCGGUAGAGGAGCUUCUGUUCCCCUACACGGUCUGACAGGAAGUGCUCACAGAGAGCACAGAACUGCUUCCUGUCAGACUGGGUACAAGGAGCACUAUGAGUGCUUUCUUUCACGUUUGAGUGAUAGUUUUCAGUUUUAAGUUUGUUUUUUUCCCCACUCCCAUAUCUGCACACUAUGCUGGCGCGAUGCAUUAUGGGGCAGGUAUAGCAUUUUUUCCAGGGCUGCUUUUCAUUCCCAGUCUGGCUCUGGUUGAGAAGUCUGUGAUUGGACAGCCACAGAAAGUCUGGGUGGAGUUAGAAGGGGAGGGCUUUCAAAGGACGAGAGAUUUGAAAUGUGUUUUUAUAUAUACCCCCAAGGAAAAAAUGCAUAAUUAAAUGCAUGCAAGUUUUCAUUUGGGAUAUAUCUACUAAAUAGUGAUUUUUAUUUAUUUUGUAUUUGGGCAGUGGACUGUCCCUUUAAUAUUUAGUUUAUGGAGAAUUGCUGAGUUCAGUAUUUGAAAUGCCUCCUGUUCAGUGAAGAAAACCUCACAGUUUAAAGUUUGGUUUCAUUGAAGAGCUGCAUGGUUUAAAGGUAUGUCUAUGAAAAACUGUAUAAGUCAAUGUUUAAUUUAUAGAGAACAGUGGGGCCCAAUGAUUCAUCUGUGAUGAUGCUAGGGAUCUGCAGAGAUAAGUGCUGAAAUUGUGGACAGUUUAUUCUUCCGUUCUUAAGGAGCUAAUGGGUUCCUUGCUUAAGCUAUGAAGAACUGCAGAGUUCAAUGAGUUGUCUGUGAAAGGGGCAGAGUUCAAUGCUUGUUCUAAGACUUCAGAGGAUUUCUAACCUAAUAAUUUUAGCAUUUAUUGUAUCAGGACAAAACUUUCAAAUAAGAAGAUAUACAUUUUCUAUUAAACUAUUAAACUAAAUCAAAACUUUUACACAUGAGUGAGGUGGUCAUGGGCACCAUGUCACGUGUGAUGUCAUCAUUGAGGUUUGAUGCAACAUUUAUUAAGAUAACCAAUUAUUGAUGACUCAGCCCGUUAAUUGCUGGACUUCAUAACUCCAGUGUUUUUGCAGCACUGUUAUUGAGAGGAUGUACUUCUAUCACUUUUAUUGCCCUAUAACCUUGUCUUGCUUUUUGUUUUUUUUUUCAUUCAGUGCUAAUCUCUCUAAAGCGGCAUGGGGAUCUUUUGAGAAAAACGGGACCCAAAUGUUCAUCCGAUCCUAUGAACUGGGGGUUCUGUUCCUGCCCUCUGCAUUUGUAAGUUUAUAUAUUUAAACAUGCUCAAAACUCUGCGUUUCCGACAAGAAUAUAUCUUAAAGGAGCACUGUAGUCACCAAAACAUCUUUAGUUUUAUUAAGCAAUUUUUGUGUGUAGAUCAUGCCUAUGAAGUUUCACUGAUCAAUUCUCUGCCAUUUAGGAGUUAAAACACUUUUGUUUCUAUUUUUUGCCGCCCUAGCCACACCUAUGGCCUGACAGUACCAGUUGCCUGGGGUCCCCAAAAUUGGGGCUCUCCCACCUAAAUCGGGACAGUUGUGAGGCCUGAAAUUAUAAUGGGAUCGGUAGUUCUACAAUAUCUAAGGAUGAUUAGAUUUUGGUCACCAGUGCCUUAGCAUGUGCAGCAAAUAUUACACAGUGAUAAUUUAUAGAGCAUAUCUCAGCAUCCAUAUAUCAUGCUAGCCAAGAAUUUUAAAUGCAUACAUAAAAUUGUUUGCUUUCUUAUGUUCAUGUGUUGACUUCUCCUGUAUAUAAUUCCCAUGCCACCUGCCCUUUGUAUUAUCAGUAGUGAUGUCCCGAACGGUUCGCCGAACGGUUCGCCACGGACUCAUCAUUGAGUAAACUUUGACCCUGUACCUCACAGUCAGCAGACAUAUUCCAGCCAAUCAGCAGCAGACCCUCCCUCCCACCUCCAGGAUAGCAUCCAUUUUGAAGCUGCAUUCUUAGUGAGCUGUCCAGGAGGUGGGAGGGAGGGUCUGCUGCUGAUUGGCUGGAAUGUGUCUGCUGAUUGUGAGGUACAGGGUCAAAGUUUACUCAAUGAUGAGUCUGUGGCGAACCAUUCGGCGAACCGUUCGGGACAUCACUAAUUAUCAGUAAUGUCAACAUUUAACCAGGAAGGGUAUGUUUAUCUUUCACUAGUUUUCACUUACACCUUGGGACCUGCUAUCUAUCUGAAUGAAACAUAUUGUAAGUCUGAAUGAAACCGUCUGUCAAUCAACCAAGGAUCAGUGAUACUACUGAUAAUUUUAUUUUUCCUUUUGUUAUUUAUCAGAGGUGCUUUGAACACAAAGCCAACCACAUUUUUACAAAUCCAGGGUUUUCCUUUUUUUUCCUUGUAUUGUAGAAAGCUAGAAGCUGCCGUUUAAAAACAUUUUUAAGUCGUUUUUGAAAGCCGAUGCCCACAAAGAUUACUGUUUUCCUAUGAUACGCAGCUCUUGUUUGUUUCUCAAUGCAGAGAAAUCACACAGUCGCAUCAAGAAAAUGAUUAGGUUUUCACUUCCCUUACAUCUUAAUACGAGGUAAUUCCACAUUAACUUGUGUUUCAUGUUAUUGCCGUAUGAAUACAUUGACCUGCUGAGUAGGUCUCCUGCUUUGUUAAUAGAGCUCUGUCUCCUGAUUGAAAAGGGGAUUUUUGAGUGGCCAAUUUUCUGGAGUCUACAUCUGCUUCUAGCCACAUGGUUUGUUGUCACCCUCAUUGCUAUGGAAACUCACCGUAUUUAUUCCUGUAAUUACGUCUUCCACUAAAUCUCACUGGAAAGAUCCCGUUUUAUAGCAAAUCUUAGUCUGUUUAUAUGGGUGUCAAUAGUUUGUGCAGAUUAUAAAGACAUCUAUUUCACUUAACCUCUAUUUGACCCACACCCAUUUACUUUUAAUUAAUUAACAAUAUUAAUGUGUUGGAUGACACACAUUCGGCGCCAUGGUAUCGACACGUCUUGUGGAGGUCAUGUGUGCAUGGAAAAUGACAUAUGUUAAGGAUGCUGCUUAGUGCCGUAGAGGGGUAACGCUCUACGUUAAAGCUCAUGCCGGGAAGGAAGUUUUGCCACAUCAGUGUGAGAAGCUUGAACGUUGGGAGGAACUAUUUCUUGACAAGUAAAUGUUAAAAGAGAGACCAAGGUAGUCUACAUUUUAUUUUUUUUUAAAUUUUUAUUUUUAUGUUUGCAGUGCUUAUGCAUAUAACAAUUGCAUGUGAGGGACCCCAACGGCAAUCCUCUAGCGUGUUGUAGUCAUUUAUAAUAUUGAGGUAUAUGAGAAAGCUUGCACAAUAUUUAUAAUUAUGUAAAAGUUAAACAAGAGUAGCCUAGUCUAGUUACUAUAUAAUACAGGUGUGAUGCCGUUGCUCCAGAGGUAUAAUAACAUAAGAAAGAAGCAGGGUUAAGGUCUGCAGCUUGUGCCACUGAGUGCCCAAUCAGGACUAAGUGAGGUGACCGGUUAGCCAUAGAAUAUGUCAUAUGUACAACGGCUUAUUAAGAAGCGCCAGUAGAUGUGUGGCUCCAGAUGGGCCCCUGCAAAGUGGGAGUUUAGACAGUAAUACAGGCUGAGCGUUAUCUUGGUAUUAGUGGUGCUGAGCCUGUGUACGUGAGUGUUCCCUGCGCCACUCUGUAUGAUGGUCAGAUAAUGGUGAUUAUGUCUGUCUGACCAGGCUAGGCAUGACCAAGCAAUCAUAAUACAUGUUGCACUCGUUAAUAGUGGCCAUAAGUCUUGCUAGGUAUAAUAAAGGCAUGUAAGUAAAUUCUGGAGAACUAGUCAUGGAAAUAAUAAGAGUAAGCAAAACAUAAUAAUAAAACAAAACAUAUUGCAUGGGUUCGUUACAAGAUACUCCGUCCGAACUUGCGCCAUUCUCCUCAUGUUAUUACAUCCGGUCUGACGCCAUCCAUGAGAGGGCCUGGCAACAAAUUCCUGCGUGGUGAGGGAAAAUCAAGCUCACCUCCCCUUGCUGGUACUCUGGACAGUCAGCCAAUGCCCCGACGUGGGUCGCCGCUUGCUUUUGGACUCAGUCUGUGCAGGGGGGUCGUGUGGCGGUGUGGGGGAGGGGCGCCCCACCAGCCCCGGGGUUGUGGGAGAGCCGGUACCCUUGUACCACGAACCUGGCGUCCUGUGAGAUCCAGGGUCUUCCCGUGAGGGAUGUUGCGGUGGGUUUUGCUUGUAGGUAGUGUGUGACCCCCAAUGGCGUUUUGUAACCCUCCGCGUGUGUGGUCGGUAACUUCUGGUCGAGACCUUCUUAGCUCUCAUCCCAGGUGGGCAGUGUUUGCUUGUAGUGGAAGCUGGGAACAAGUUUGCGCCCUUGAGAGGUUUCCCACUUCUCCCGGCAUAGACCUCUUGUGCUCCCAUGGGUGUCAGUUGUAGGGCUCCUGCUCACUGUGUGUGGUCCAGCAGUUUCGCCCAGAACCUGGCAAAGAUUAUGUCGAGUGUGUCUGGUGCUGUAGAGCUGGGCUCUGCUUUGCCUUGCUGUUGCCGGGUUAUGCCGCGUGUGGUAGAGCCUUGGGCAUCCGCCAUUUUGGUUCCCUCCGCUCCCGAUCAACUCAGGAGUAGUACAGGGCCUCUGGGACGGGUUAGGCUGCGGUAGCUUGGAGCGACGGAGACCGGGAUAACCCCCACCGGUCUUACUGCAGACAGAUCUUGUGAUCACAGGGGGAAAGUGGCCGUCCUUCCCCCGCACUCUCUCCGGUAGGCCGCACCUUGUUGCCACAGUUCCCGGUCGCUUGGAACACUAACCCCGGUACCAAAAGAUGCGGGUGAGUUAUUUCUGCUUGUAGGGCUCCGUGGGUACCUUUGUCCGGCACCUGGGCCUGAAAAAUCACUGGGUUUGUCGGUCUCUAUCAGGAGCUCAUGCAAGGCACGUCUGACUAGCUUGCCGGUCAGGCUCCGCCGCCCCUACAUUUUACUUUUAAGUAUAAUCCCUAUCACUAGUGCAAAAAUAAAAUUCUAUCUAGACCUGUUGUAGUGAGCAGAUAAAUUCACAUCACUUUGGAGCUAAUUUUGUGAAAACUGUUUAUUGAGGGAGUCCCACAGUUGAGAAAAAGUUGAUUGCUGAUGGUGGCUUUGAGAUUAGUUAAUACUUUCUUUUAUAUGGUUUAAUUUGUGAAGGAAGGGGAAUUGUGACUGCAAACAAUUGAGCGGUGAUUACAUAGCCAAGGGAGAUCAUUAACAGGCAAAUGAAACUAAUGUCCGCCUAUAGCCUUCUAUCCUAAAGAGAUACGUUUGCUUGGACAUAUCUUGAAAUUUGAAGACGUGCAAGUUUCAAAUGAAAGCCUGGAUAUAGACUGCUUUUAGCAUUCCAUGGAAGAGGGGAGCAAAGUGUGCAUCUAUAUUGUGAGAGGUACCAUAGUAAGCGUUUCCACAUGUAUGACAUGACAUGAUUCCCUUUUAUUCCAGAGGUUUGGUCCUUAAGGGGUUAAGGAGGUACUAAAGCAAUGUCUGAAACAUUUGUGUAACAGAUAGCUUGGAUUCAGGUCAUGAAGUAGCCUGCAAGAGGUUACAAUUGUUAAUUCGUGAAUCAAGUAGGUGUAGUUUUGGCUAUUAAAGGUCACACCGGUGGCAAAUAUUUUUUUUUUUUAAAGAUCAGGCUGUAGAAACCAAUCUCAUAUGUCAGUCUUUGAUUGAUACUGCAGUCUAUUAUUCAAUUAGCUGAACAUUUGGAUUAGAUGUGUAAUUAAUAUAGCAUCUUCCCAUUUAUUUCACUGUAAUUAGUGUAUCCUUUUGUAUUGUGUGCAUUUUAAAGCCCUUUUUUAAGAAGAAAACCUCCCAUCCACAUUGUGAAGGGAAACUGAGGCAUGCGAACGGUUUUCUGACAAGAGAAAUUGCUGGUUUCAUUACUUUCUGACUGUACUGUUUCAUUUUUUUAACCACAUCUUUCAAACUUGCCUUUGUGAUGUUUGUGAGCAAAAUAAACACUCCAGGCCCGGGAACCUGAAAGCGAUUGUCAGACGUUUCUUAUUCAUAAGCGUCAAAGCAGCGUGACUGCUACAUUGUGCGUAGGGAGAUACACCGCCAACUGUGUUCUUCAAUAGGAAUUGCUGAAAACCCUUGUGGAAAAAAUGCAUUUCAGAUAGGCAGAUGAUCCCUCAAGGCAAUGCCAACAUAGUUUGCUUAAUGUGGGAGAUGAAUUGUUUGCUAUUCUCUUACUCAAACAUCUCCAAUCAAAGCUCUUCUAGCACCAAGUUGUUGAUUUUAUUUUAUUUUCUAUACCUUUUUAGUCCACUCCAAUGUAUUAUUAUUCCCAUUGAAUUACUUAUAUACAGUUAUAACUCUGUCAUCGUUCUGUUGAUUAAUCGUGUUUCAGAGUAUGGGUGGCCAAAGGUACAUCUACCUAUUGAAACCCCAGGUUUGAUUCCAGCAUCAUUGAUUCAGCCUUUUAUUCUUCCAAGGGCAAUACAAUGGGUACCAGUUAGUUGGGCCUUCAUAAUUAAGCAUAAAAUAUGUAUAUAAUUAUGGAGAAUGAAAUAUGAAAGUAAAAAGCAAAAACAAUUAUAUGUAUAAAUUAGGGAGUACUUUGUCUAGAACAAUGUAUAGGUGAUGACAUAUGCUCUUUGUAUAAUACUGCUGUUUCAUAGUUGCAGGAAUUGCACACUUUAAUGCAAGGUUGGCCACAAGUUAGAUAUCCUAUAAUCAAAGAAAAUGUGCUUCAUUAAGAUAGGCAGUCUGUAAUAUAGUAUUUAUCUUAUUAGUAGCCAAGUGAUGCGUCAACUUAAAAGUGUUAAAGUUAUCCUUCUUUAUACCAGCAUUAAAGUGGCACUGUCAUCGCUGUUUAGUAGACAUGCCCUUACUUGCAGCAUUGCAAGUAAGGGCAGGAGGGAGAUUUUAAAGUCUCUUAGUUAAGUAAGUUUUACUUAUAAAGUUUGGCUGAAAGACCAACUUUGCUCCCUAAUACCUGUGGGAAUUAGGUGGUUAUCUACUUAUGGCUGCAGGAAUCGGAUUGGAAUUUCAUUUUUCAAAUGAAAUUCGGAACUGAACAAAAUGACCAAAUUUCAUUUGAACACAAAUGGACAAACUAUGGGCAUUCGGUAUGAACAAAAUUCGGGCAUUUCGCUGGAGCCCUGUCUAUAUGACAGAACGUUCCGGCAAUAGUGAAAGGAGGCAUCGCAACACUGAGGAGGGCGAGUAUUGUGGGGAAAUUAAUUUGACCACAGGAAAUGGAGCUGACUUAAGCUCCUCCUUCGAUCAAAGAAGGUCACGCGUAGGAGAAAUACAUAAGACAAACUAGUCCCUACUUUGUCUUAUAUUUUAAAGUAAACUAGAUCAGAUAGGAAGAAAAGAAGAACAGAUUCUGAGAGCGGAAGAGAAGAGGAAACAAUAGGAGAAAGGUACUUUUGGAGUAGCACUUUAAACCAGGCAAAUGCACAUUUUCUCACCUCCAUGUCUCUACCCAGAACCUAGGCUCCAAGAGGUAUUGUGAUCUCUAUUUCUUGUCUUCUCAUUUUUGAUGUAUUAAUACUACCACUUACUAUUUUCUUGUGCUUUUUCCAUAGGGCUUGGACAAAUUCAGUGUGAAAACGAAUAUUUAUUCUAGAAAUGAAAGCUGUGAAAGUGCAUUUCCUGUGCCAUAUGACUUACCUCCCGAGCAUUACAGUGGGAAAGGUAUGUGAUUAGUGAUGUAUGUGUGACUAUGUCUAAACCUGUAAGUUCCUCUACAGCUGGGAGGAUUUAGAACAAAUGAUAAUCAUGGGCAUGUGGCAUGUAGAAUGGAUUCACGUCCCUUGGCUGUAUAUACAGCUCCAUUUGAAACAUCACUAGGUGAGGUCCAACUUUCUCACUGUAUGCUAAAUCCUCUGCCACCACAAUCCCUGGCAUGGAUGCCACUGAAAUUUGCAACCAUUCUCUGCUUUUCAAAACAUCUACACCUACUGUUACCAACUUGUUUAGUAACCCUAUCCUUGGCUUCAACACCCCUGUGUUGCGGGAACAGUGCUUCCCCACCCAUCCCUGGAUUUAGAGAUCCAUCAUGGAUUCUGCAGACCGGGAGAUCAUCCCUGGCAUCAGCAACCUCUGUCGGUUUGUGUUGGAUGAUCCCUAAAAACAUGGGGGAACAGUCCUUUGUCCAAGCAGGAAUCAAUGCAGUUUCUACCAUUUUUAUUGGAACUCUGGCUUUUUUUCCUGACUCUGACUCCUUGCAGACUCCAUCCCUUGGUCAGUGAACAUUAUGUAGACUAUAGUUUCUUUGAUGUUGAUCCAGCCAUAAUGCUGUCUGAGCAUCGCAAAACGAGCAGGGAACAUGCCAUUUAUAUACUACCUAUGUAUACAUCUGUGUGAACACGUGUGUAGGUUUCAGAUUGCAUCUGGCAGGAGUAGAAAACUAGAAUGUGUACACCGCAACUCUACUGGAAAGAUACGGAAAGUUGUCUUACUAUAAGAAUAACCUGCCUCACACCCUGCCUCACACCCUUCUAUCAUACCUUAAAAUACAGUACCCAUUUGACUGGCGGAAAACCUCCAUUUCGUACCUGGGCAUAAAAAUGCCAGCAUCACAAUCGAUGAUAAUACGGGAAAACCACACACCGCUCAUACACAGACUAGAUCAACAACUCAAGUCCUGGGAGGACAAAGAGAUUUCCUGGCUUGGGCGUAUCCACACCAUAAAAAUGAUGAUUUUACCACAUAUCCUAUAUCUAUUCCGCACCCUGCCCAUUACAAUCCCGAACCCCAUACUAAAAAACUUUCAGGCUAAGAUCAAUGCACACAUUUGGAAACGAAAACCCCCAAGAAUAGCACAAAACUCACUUUGGCGUUCAUUCACAAAAGGCAGGGGCUGGGCGUACCCAACAUAAAAUUAUACCACAAAGCUUCAAUAUUGGCACAAGGCCUUACGAUCCUUGAGAGGCAGUCGCCUCCGGUAUGGCUAGCGUUGGAGAAUGCAUGCCUGCCCACUGGCACGAUCCCAAUGCUUCUCUGGGCAAACACAAAACUAACAAAGACCAAAAACCUGCUACCAGCCACAGAAACGUUGCUCCAAACCUGGAAGCAAACUACCCCACUAUUCCUAAGAGAGAAUGACCUACUCCUUGCAGCACCGCUUCAGGCCUUGGCUGCCCGAAUGACUAACCUGCAGCUAGACAACUGGCUCAGUCGGGGGGUCUCUGUGGUACGCUCCUUGCUAACCCCAGAGGGUAUCAAACCAUUCCCCGACAUAGCCAGGGAAUUCCUCAUUCCACCUGGGGAAAUAUUCUCCUACCUGAGAAUAAAGAAUAUAAUACAAGAGAGCAGGAUUAGCCGGAAAGAAUCCAAUCUCCUACCACCAUUUAUCCACAAGUGUAUGGGGAAACUUCCCAAGGUUAAAGCACUAUCCCUUUGCUACAACACACUUCUAACCCAGUAUACAGUAACAAAACCCUCCUGCAUGACAAAAUGGGAAAUGGACCUGGGGAUGCAAUUCCCAGUAGCCAUAUAGCACCAGGCUCAGAAGCAAACAAAACAGGCCUCACAUAGUCUCAAUCAGUGGGAAACAUACUGCAAACUAACCAUGCGCUGGUACCUGGUCCCCAACAAACUGGCCCACGUAUAUCCAGGAUCGAAACAAACUUUGCUGGAGAUGCCAAAAACAAGAGGGGUCCCUCUACCAUAUAUUUUGGACAUGCACACAGAUUACAACAUUAUGGCGAGACAUUCAAACACUUCUUUGCAAAAGCCUAGGGAUUGGGGUUCCUCCGAAACCAGAGUGCUUCUUAUUACACAUUUUCCCAGACAACCUCCACGAAGAUGAAAGCUAUUUAACGAUCCACUGCCUAAUGGCAACCAAAACUGCAAUUGCCCAAAGGUAGAAAUCCACACAGGCACCCACACUAUCAGAGAUUCUAGGUAGACUGGAUUCGAUAUAUACAUACGAACGCAUGGCAAGUCGUAUCACUGAGAGACAGAGUAGGCAUGAAACAAGGUGGCGCAGAUGGGUGGAUUAUAGGUACGGCGAGAAGCAAUAGGGACUACGAGUUACACAGCACAACACCAGGGUUCCCAAGUGAAGAUGGUUACCCACUGUAACAACGUGUAACAACUUUUAACUUUUAAAUUUAAAUUUUAACAACAAUAUAAUAUUUGCUGCCACAGAACACCAACGCUAAUCCCCCCCUCUUUCCCCUCCCUUCCAGCCCCCAACAGUUAGGGCAUAAGAAACCAAAUCAGUGCCUUAGAACAUUUUCAGGAGUACAUGUAUGUAACUACCAAUGUUAUGGAAUGUAUAUGGAAGCUGUUGACUUGUGACUACUAUCUAAUUAUGUGAACAGUUGUUAAAGACGCAUUUGUAUACUUAUGAUACAUUGUAUAUAUAUUGGCGCCCUCCCCCUCCCCUUUUUUCCCCUUGUACCCCGUCUUCUCAUUAUUUCCUUUUAAUGCUAUGUAUGACCAAUGAAAAUUGAAAAAUAAAAUACAUUGGAAAAAGAAUGUGUACACCGCAAUGGCCAAGACCAUUCCUUUAUCCAUAAGUGUAAGAACAGACAAAAUUCUAGUAAAAUACAGUAUAUAACACAUCUGUCUACAGAGAUAAAUUGAAACAAGUUGUGUUAUGGAGGAGGGGUUCCUACUAAUAGAGGGGUGAUACCUAUAGCAAUGGUAACCAGUCACACGCACUGUGUUUGCAUAAGGAGAGUGCAUUAUUGUAGCAACAAUGGUUUAGCAACAAUGGUUUAGUAGACCCAAACCGACCCCCUAGGGUAUGAGCAUAUCUGAGCAGGAAACGUUUUAUAGUUUUACGCAUUAUACUCCGGGAAGGACUCUCCAGGCUGAACGCUGGUAAUUAGAGAAUUUGUUGUUCUCAUUCUUUUGCCACUGACUUCGCAGAAAUUGUGUUUCUUCACAGUUUCGGGUCUUUACAACCUUUUUUGGACUGUGACCAGCAAUAGAUGCUGUAUAUAACUGGUACAUUCUUAAAAACGCAUUAUGCUGUGCAUUGGUUCUGAAAGACUCUGCGGAAAUUGGAUGUAUUUUCAUUCUGAACUCAUUAUGUGUGGCUUUGUGUUAUUCAGCUCUGCGAGGCAUUACAGUUCAUUUUGGAAGGGUUUUUUUUGUUUUUUUUCCAUCAUCCUUUCUUUUCUGUUUAAAGAAAAAAUAAGAUUUCCAUCAUUUUUGCUGUUAACUGUGAAAGUGUAAGAAUUAUAGCAGAUAUGUAAUAAAUAUUACAACCACAUUGGUCAAAUAUGGAUACAUCAACAAUACUGUAUGUCUCUAGGUUAACCUGUCUCUUCAUUAUCUUACUGUCUGUGUAUAUCUAACUUUCUUUCCUUAUGUCACUUUAUUCUCUACUCUCUUGCUAUCUCUCCAUCUCUAUCUCUCUCUUGCUAUUUCUCUUUUGCUAUCUCUCUCUUGCUAUCUCUUUCACCCUCUCUCUCACUCUCUCUCUCUUUCUAUCUCUCUCACCAUCUCUCUCUCUUUCUAUCUCUCACCAUCUCUCUCUCUUUCUCUCUCACCAUCUCUCUCUCUUUCUCUCUCACCAUCUCUCUCUCUUUCUAUCUAUCUCUCACCAUCUCUCUCUUGCUAUCUCUCACCAUCCCUCUCUCUUGCUAUCUCUCACCAUCCUUCUCUCGCUAUCUCUCCAUCUCUCUUGCUAUCUCUCCAUCUCUUGUUAUCUCUCUUUAAUGUGGAUAAGUGCAAGAUAAUGCAUCUUGGACGUAAAAACCCAAGAGCAGAGUACAGAAUAUUUGAUAGAGUCCUAACCUCAACAUAUGAGGAAAGGGAUUUAGGGGUGAUUAUUUCUGAUGACUUAAAGGUAGGCAGACAAUGUAAUAGAGCAGCAGGAAAUGCUAGCAGAAUGCUUGGUUGUAUAGGGAGAGGUAUUAGCAGUAGAAAGAGGGAAGUGCUCAUGCCAUUGUUCAGAACACUGGUGAGACCUCACUUGGAGUAUUGUACACAGUACUGGAGACCGUAUCUACAGAAGGAUAUUGAUACCUUAGAGAGGGUUCAGAGAAGGGCUACUAAACUGGUUCAUGGAUUGCGGGAUAAAACUUACCAGGAAAGGUUAAAGGAUCUUAACAUGUAUAGCUUGGAGGAAAGACGAGACAGGGGGGAUAUGAUAGAAACAUUUAAAUAUAUAAAGGGAAUCAACACAGUAAAGGAGGAGACUAUAUUUAAAAGAAGAAAAACUACCACAACAAGAGGACAUAGUCUUAAAUUAGAGGGACAAAGGUUUAAAAAUAAUAUAAGGAAGUAUUACUUUACUGAGAGGGUAGUGGAUGCAUGGAAUAGCCUUCCAGCUGAAGUGGUAGAGGUUAACACAGUAAAGGAGUUUAAGCAUGCGUGGGAUAGGCAUAAGGCUAUCCUAACUAUACGAUAAGGCCAGGGACUAAUGAAAGUAUUUAGAAAAUUGGGCAGACUAGAUGGGCCGAAUGGUUCUAUUCUAUGUUUCUAUGUUUCUCUCCAUCUCUUGUUAUCUCUCAGACCAUUCCUCUCUUGCAUUUUCUCCAUCUCUCUCUUGCUAUCUCUGUUGCUAUCUCUCCAUCUGCCUCUUGCUAUCUUUCUAACCACCUCUCUAUUGCUCUCUCUCCAUCUCUCUAUUGCUAUCUCUCUUAUCCCUCGAUUGCUGUCUCUCUAUCUCUAUAUUGCUGUCUCUAUAUUGCUGUCUCUCCAUCUCUAUAUAUCUGUCUCUCCAUCUCUCUAUUGCUGUCUCUCCAUCUCUCUAUUGCUGUCUCCCUCUCUCUCCAUGUCUCUAUUGCUAUCUUUCUCUCACAAUUUAUCUCUCACUUUCUCUCCAUCUCUCGCUUGCUGUCUCUCACUAUAUCUCCCUCUCACUAACUUUCCAUCUUUCUCUUGCUAUCUCUCCACAACCCUCUUAUUAUCUCUCAGUUUCUCUAUAUGACUCUUGCUUAGUGAUGUCCCGAACGGUUCGCCGAACGGUUCGCCGCGGACGGUGAACAUAUGCGGUAAACUUUGACCCUGUACCUCACAGUCAGCAGACACAUUCCAGCCAAUCAGCAGCAGACCCUCCCUCCCAGACCCUCCCACCUCUUGGACAGAAUCCAUUUUACAUUCAUUGUGAAACUGCAUUCUUAGUGAGCUGUCCAGGAGGUGGGAGGGUCUGGGAGGGAGGGUCUGCUGCUGAUUGGCUGGAAUGUGUCUGCUGACUGUGAGGUACAGGGUCAAAGUUUACCGCAUAUGUUCGCCGUCCGCGGCGAACCGUUCGGGACAUCACUACUCUUGCUAUCUUUCUCUAUCUCUCCAUCACUCAGUAUCUCUUCUCUCUGGCCAUCCCUCCAUCUUGCUCUCUCUCCAUCACACAAUAUCUCUCACUCUUUAGCUGACACUCUAGCGAUUGUGUAUAAAAAGUGGGCUUGUUUCCGUUUCAUGUUUGUACCAGCAGCUAACCUGUUAAUUUAAAAAAAAUAAAGAGGGCAAAGACACACUCAUUGUUUUAUUGACCAAAAAGGAAGAACAAGAAAGUUGCCAAUCUGACAGUGAUGGAAAGAUUUGUCAGAAAGUCAUACUUUUGUGCACUGUUUUAUAUUUUGGGGGGAACGCACCAGUAACUGAGAAAAAAAAUGACAAAAUAGGCAGUAAGAAAUUCUGUUUAUUCGAUUUAAUCGCGAUCACUUGUUGUCUUUAAUUUUACUUACCAUCUUUUGAUGUCUCUAACAAUCUGUUGCGUUUCCUGUCUGUCUCUAUUGCUAUGUGUCAGUAGUCUGUCUGCUCUCUAUUACUAUAACUAUUUGUCUUUUGAUCUGAUUUUCUCACACACCGUUUCGCCGAUAGCAUUUUAUUUUUCCAGUGGGUAGCAGCAGGUAGAACAUUGAGUGGUUAAUGCAUUCCCCACUAGAUCUAAGACCAUGGGAGGAGGUAUCACAAUUCGCAUGAAGUGUAACAAUGUGUAGAUCUUACAGGCUUUCAGCACUACAAGAUGUCCAUUCACAAUAGAAAAAAACACAAUAUAGCACUCAUGUUUGUCAAAUAAAGAACAACAAUAUUUGUGUCAACAACAGCAAUACAUAUAUCAUUAUGCUAGGAUGUGAAGGUAAUUGUGUUUCAUCUACUGCCAAUAAGGUAACUUUGUAAAUCCAAUUGUAAAAUUCCAGAAAGAUGUUUCCUUAACAUGCCUGUAUAUAUACUAUUUUACUGUCUUUUUCCAGUUUUAUUGAUUGACAUACAUUGAGGGAUUUCUUAUCACGCCUCUAACUUAAAGAAUUUUAGCUUUUGUGUAAAUAAAACAGAACAAUUCCCACAUUUGACUGAAGUGAAUAACAUUGAUUAUAUUGUUACAAUGGCAUCUUUCAAUGGUUGUUGAUAUAUCAUGCAGCAAGUGAACAGUCAGUUCUUACAUUUCAUGUGUUGGAAGCAGGAAUAAUGGACAAGCAGAAAGAUCUAAGUGACUUUGACAAGGUCCAAAUAACUGAUGGCUAGAUGAUUGGGUCAGAGCAUCUCCAAAACAGAAAGUCUUGUAGUGUUCCCAGUAUGCGGUGGCUAGUACCUACCAAAAGUGGUGCAAGAAAGGACAACCAGUAAACCUUCCUCAUAGUCAUGGGUGCCCAAGGCUCAUUGAUUCACGUGGGGAGCGAAGGCUAGCCCUUCUGGUCCGAUCACACAAAAGAGCUACUGUAGCUUAAAUUGCUGAAAAACCUAAUGCUGACCAUGAUAGAAAGCUGUCAGAACACACAAUGCAUCACAGUUUUCUGUGUACAGGCCUUGUGUAGUUGGAGACCAGUCAGAGUGCCCAUGAUGACCCCUGUGCACUGCCGAAAGUAUCUUCAAUGGGGACAUGAGCAUUAGAACUGGACCAUGGAGCAAUGGAAGAAUGUUGCCUGGUCUGAUGGAUCACAUUUUCUUUUUGAUCCGGUGGAUGGCCAGGUGCAUUGGCGUUGUUUACCUGUGGAAGAGAUGGCAGCAGGAUGCACUAUGGGAAGAAGGCACCCCAGCAGAGACAGUUUUAUGCUCUUGGAAAUGUUCUGCUGGGAAAUCUUGUGUCCUAGCAUUCAUGUGGAUGUCACUUUGACACGUACCACCUACCUAGAGAUUGUUGUCGACCACAUACACCUCUUUAUGGCAAUGGUAUUUGUAGCAGAACAGUAGUAUUAUCCACGGUAUCUCCGCUGGUAGACAGAAUCAAGCAGGUACAAAGCAGGUAAAAUCCAGGUAGCGUAGUUACAAUCCCUUCCUCCCAAGAACUAGACAACACAUAGCUUGGAGGUCAACUGAGGUUUAUUUUCAGGUCACGGUAUUUAUGGGAUUCCCCAUGCAAGGGGUUUCCCUACUGACAUUUCAGGGGUUGUACAGUAGGGGACUACAUGGGGAACUGCCCAACACAUAAAUUUUUUCCAUCAUGCACUGCUGGACGAGAGGGAUACUUCCACUGGAAUAUUCCGUUAAUGGGAUUAUCCCUCCGUGCAGCAGAACUUACAUUUUACAUUAAAAUCCAUAACUUUAACAAUAUUCACUGGUUUUACACGAAUGGACGUUCGGUAGAUAGCUGGAGGCUGAGCGCAUUGUUCGUGAGAAUACCGCUCAGCUCCCAGUCUAACUAACCGAAUGCCAUACGAAAUACACAUAAAUUCUAAUAUAGGUUUUAAAAUACCGAUUAUUGUAAGGGGAAUAACCUACCGAACGGCCGGGGUUCCCGAACGGCCUGGAAGUCCAGCGGUGUUCGCGCCGUCAAGUAGCCGUUUUUAGUUCCAGGCGCUCGCCGACAAAACGCUGGGCUAACAAAAGAACCAAGAUGGCCGACCGCCGCGUGGUCGGUAGUCGAACGAAGGCCACCUAGAAACACUCUUAAUUACCGAUUGCAACAUUGUUGCAAUCGGUUAAUGGGUGCCACACGACCCCCUGUGUGUGUGGUCGUGCGUUAGGUAUGUUAUUCGUUUCACGAACAGUGUUUAAACUCACUGUUCGUGAAACUACAUUAUGAAUGCUGGGGUUUUCAUACCGCCAGCAUACGAAUGCCCUCAUUCGCCUGAAAUACAAAUAGCAGUCUGCAUUGAUUUUUAUGGCUUAGCAAAGUACACACAUAUUGAUACAUUCAUAGUCUCUAGUGGCUAGUUUUGCCACAGUAUUCCUUGAUGGCAGUGGCCUCUUUCAGCAAGAUAAUGCAUCUUGCCACACUGCAAAAAUUGUUCAGGCAUAGUUUGAGGAACAUGACAAAGAGCCUCAAAAUUCCUCAGAUCUCAAUCCAAUUUGAGCUUCUGUGGGAUGUGCUGGAACAACAAAUUCGAUCCAUGGAGGCCCCAUCUCGCAACUUUCAGGACUUAAAGAAUCUUCUGCUAAUGUCUCGGUGCCAGAUAACACAGGACACAUUCGGAGGUCUUGUGAAGUCUACAUCUCGAAGCAUCAGAGCAGGUUUGGCAAAACGAGGGGGACCUACUCAAUAUUAGUCAGGUGAUUUUAAUGUCGCUGAUCAGUGUAUGCCCUCUAUAUGUGCUGUGAGGAGUCAGUGGUUUCCCUUUGAACAGUUACAGACUUUGUAGACAUCUGCAGUGUGUUCAGUUUUCACAAUCGUUUUCCAUAUAAUGUUUAUCACCCUUACACACUUUUCCAUUCCUCAAGUUAUAUCACUCUUUACAGACACUAUAUUCAUUAUAUAUCCCUAUCCUGAAUAUUCUCAUUGCUACUGUAUCACCUCUUCAGAUCAUUCCUUUCUUAUCUCGUUCCCCACACAGACCAGCAUGGACUGGCCAUCUUACUUCCAUGUAAACCAUGAGUCUGGAAUUUCGUUUUACCUAGCCAUGCCUAAGCCUGAUCAUAGCUGAUCGUAUGUAAAACCUGUGCUAUUUAAGAAAGUAUUGGUUCCCCACCAAAGAAUUGUUUUUCACAUUUUAUAGAGACUCUAAAGAACUCAUGUCCUCGACCUGUACAUGAACCAUGCUAAUAGAGAAAAAGCCUAUGGCUAAUUGCCAUUUUUGUCCAGUCAGUCUAUACCUAUAUUUAACAGCUAUUUAUCUACAGUUAUUCUGCCAGUAAGUCUUCAAACACAAGGAACCUAUAGCUAACUGCUGUUUAUCUCCACUACUUCUGCCAGUAGCAGACCGUUACUUGUCCAGGUUCAAUCUUUUGAGUGCUCAAAGCCCAUAGUAAAAACCUUGCAUUUUAGCACAUGAAUUUGCAAUGAUUUUUAUAAGAUCUUGUUCCUGGGUAAGGUGUAUAUCUAAUCGGAUUCUGUGUGCACAUAGCUGAACAGAAAGGCUGUCAAUAAAGCACUUUCAUGUAGUAAUCAAGCUAUUUUCCUCAAAAUAAGAGCAACUUUAGGAAACAUUGAAGAGUAGAAAAUAGAUUUGUUCAAAGUGUUUUGAACAGUUUGCUCUCAGACAGCCUCUUGCCUCUUUAUUUGUAUUCAUUAGUGGUUUUGCCCCUGCUUUUGGACUUGAGUUGAAAUUCCUUCAGUGCUGAUGUACAUGUUUCUAUGGGAACCCAUAAAAAAGAUAGAAGUUAGUUUGGCUUGGGUUGGACGUGCACCAUAAAACUACCAGUCAAUGUCUUUCAAGGACUGGUUUACAAGUGUUGGAUUUAAUGGUGAAUAUGGAAUAAUUACUAAUAAUUAUAAUUGUAAUAAAACUGUAUAACAAGAAAGAAAACAUUCUGAUUUUCAUCGGCUUGCAUGGGUUAAGCGAAGAAGCCCUAUUGAGUCUUUUUAGAGAAAUAAGCUGACGGAAGUUGUGGUUAAUUAUAUUGAAAUACAGAGAGAACUGUAUUGAAGGCGCUUAGGUGUAUAAAGAAUUUGAACAAAGGGUAAUGGGGUUGCUUCAACACUCUUGUGGAGGUCCCUCACACCCACCUCAAAUUAUAGAAACCAAAGAAACAGGAAAAAAGCCAAAGGCAGUUCACCUAUAUGAGUGGAGCAUGCAGUGAUAUAGUUGGACACCUACCCUGUAAAAAGGGGUCGUCUAGUCCUGGUAUUAUAAUGAUAUCACUUUAAAUUCAGCAUAUUUCUCUAGAAUUUGCUGUGUCUUUCUAAAAACUGUGUGGCUGCUCCAAAUAUAAAUGACCAUGUUUUCCAAUCGUAUGCAAUGUGGUAAGAAUAUAGAUUUGAUGUUUGAACAAACUAUCUCCAUGGAAAAUAUAGGUGAUAAUAUUGACAUACAAAAUUGUCAACACAAACUAGAAAAAGCAUUAGGGAGAGAAAUGAAAAUAAAAUGGGAGGUGGCCACAAUGAAAAAAUUACCCCCAGGGGCCUCCGAUUUACGAAAAAUCCGUCUUUCGAUCAGGACGAGGAAGAAUUUGUAGAGGAAUGGGUUAAUAUGCUGGAAAGCUUCUCUUUUGGGCUAGUGGGCCUAAUUGUUAAAAGAAGAACAAGUACUCUUAAGAAAAUUGAUAAUGAAAUCAAUACCUUACAGGAUAUACUGAAUAUGAAUAUGUCAUCCGAAAGAUAUUCAUCCAUGGUGGAGGAUAUCCAAUUAAUAUAAGCAAAUUAGAAAAAACAGUAAUAGCUACUAAAAAAAAAGGCAAUAUGUCAGGAAUAAAAACGAUUAUGCCCGUAAUCAGGGCAUAAUAAACCAAUAAUUAAAUUCAAUGUAUAUGUGGACCUCCAAAAAUUUAAAAGAAAACUAUGCCUCAAAAAGUUUUUUCUAAAAAAUCCUGUAAAUCAUACUGAUCCCCCCCCCCCCCAAUAUGAAUUUGUCCACUCUAACCUUAAAGAUCCAUCCACCUUUUAUCCCCACUCUCUCAUCUCAGAAGAGAUCAUUACAUUUGAAAAAAUGGUAAUGAAGGAAGUUAUGAAUCUGAAAGAGCCAAAAGCGUGGGAAUAUAACCUAAAUUGUGAAGAAAGAAAUACCUUAGAAUAUCUAAAGAAAGACGACACACUGGUAAUUAAACCAGCUGAUAAGGGAGGGGGUAUAGUCCUAAUUGAAAAAGAAAAUAGCAUCAAAGAAUGUCAAAGACUACUGAUGGAUGUAAUGAUAUAAAAAUAUCCUAUAAUCAGCUUAUAGAUCAGGGAAAAUUACUGGGGAUUCUGAAUAACAAGGAACAUAAACUCCUUAGUAUUCCACAUCCAAGAACACCAGUAUUUUAUCAACUUCCUAAAAUACACAAGGAUAGACUUCAUCGUCCAGGAAGACCUAUCGUGUCGGGCAUAGGCUCUAUAUUUAGCCGUCUCUCCCAGUACAUAGACAGGUGCCUUCAAUCUGCAGUUCUACGGUGCCCAAGUCAUCUUAAAGACACACUGAGCAUACUUAACAUCCUGAAAAAUCAGGUAUGGGAGGAAGACUUUCUCUUAGUAACAGCGGAUGUAAGUUCACUCUAUACCAUCAUUUCCCAUGAACGAGGAUGCCAGGCUACCAGAUUCUUCUUGGAGAAAUUUAAAGAAUUCCCCAGUGACCAGAUAGAUUUCAUCGUCGAGGGUAUAAAGUCGAUCCUCACAAACAACUAUUUUUGGUUUGGAGGCGAUUUUUUUUCUCCAAAUCUGUGGUAUGGCGAUGGGCACCAGGUUCGUCCCCAGCUACGCCAAUCUGUUCAUGUCAUCUUGGGAACAUCAAUGUAUAUAUACCAGGCGGGACUGGGAGGCGAAUCUGGUGCUCUAUCGCCGUUAUAUAGAUGAUAUUUUUUUAAUUUGGAGGGUUGACGAAUUGUUCCUACUGACCUUUCUGUCAGAACUAAACGACAACACAUGGGGCAUUAAAUUAGAAAGCAAUUACAGCCGACAGUCUGUCAAUUUUUUUGGACCUUCAAAUAUACAUAGACGAAGGAAUGAUUAAGACCAAAACGUACUUCAUAAAGGUGGAUGUAAAUAGUUAUAUUGAGGAGACCAGCUGCCACUUUUCACUGUGGCUCACCAAUGCACCAAAAGCACAACUGAUGAGGAUCAGACGUAAUUGUACAGAUAAUGAAGUUUUUAAUACCCAAUCCUGCAAAAUCCUUAAUGAUUUUAAACAAAAGGGCUAUAAUGCCCAACUAUUGGAUAAUGCCCAACGUGAAGUUGCUUCAAAAGACAGUCACUCCUACAGUAUAAGGCACCGUCCUCAGAGACAGAUGAACGCAACUUAGCAUUCAUUUGUGAUUUCAGCUGCCAUAGCUACUAUUAAAAAGAAUUUUCCAGAAAUAUUGGCCAAUCCUACAGAAUGAUACGUUUCUAAAUAGGGUCCUGCCAAAUAAACCCAUUUUUACUUACAGAGGACUACCCAGCUUAAAGACAAAUUUGGUACGUAACCAUAUAAAAGAUCAUACAGGAAUUAGAAAUGCUUUUAAUAAAAAAAAUGGCUUCUAUGGAUGCGGCACAUGUGGUGCCUGCAGAAAUAGUGGCCUAAGAAAGAGAUAUAUAACCUCAUUUCCUCCCCAUGAUCCUCAACUCCCAAAUAAGCAACAUAAUAAUUAUAAAAUAAAACAACUUAUAACCUGUUACUCCAAGCGAGUUAUUUAACUCAUGACGUGCCAAUGCGGUUUAAAUUACGUAGGCAGGACCACUAGAUCCCUCCAUGUAAGGAUACAAGAACACAUCCGCAAUAUUAGGAAGGGAUUUGACAAACAUAGUCUUUCAGCGCAUUUUAAACAAAAUCAUAACUGCGAUCCGACACAACUUACGUUUAGUGGUAUCCAAAUUAUAGAUAUCAACUGGAGGGGGGAAGACCAUAUAAGGAAGAUGGGACAACAUGAGAUGAAAUGGAUUUUCAAUCUCAACACCAUGAUCCCUAGCGGCCUUAAUGGCGACUUUGAAAUGUGCCAUUUCUUGUAACAAUUAAAUACACUUUUCGAGUAGCAGAUAUUGGGUUUUCCAUCUUCAUUAUCCAUUUGAUAUUUCAAUUUUAUCUUUUCCAUAGUGUGUCUGUUAUAUUUAUUUACAAUCAAUGUUAAAUUUAUAAACAUAAUGGCAAUACUGUAACUACAGGUGACUUCUAAAUAGAAUCACUAUUCAAAUAUAACUAAGUCUAGGUAAUUCAGAUAUAAUGUUCCUCUAUUUACCUUUAUAUAUAUUUAUAUAGGAUUUCCCUUGGAAGAAUUUGAGCUUCCUUUAAAGGACCACUAUAGUGCCAGGAAAACAUACUCGUUUUCUUGGCACUAUAGUUCCCCUACUCUCAGGGUCCCCCUCCCGCCGGGCGGGGACUCUCCUCCUCCUCCUAGGCUGCGCGCGCAUUCAGCCUGUCCAUAGGAAAGCAUUCUCAAUGCUUUCCUAUGGACGCUGGCGUCUUCUCACUUUGAAAAUCACAGUGAGAAGCGCGGAAGCGCCUCUAGCGGCUGUCAAUGAGACAGCCACUAGAGGCUGGAUUAACCCAUAGGUAAACAUAGCAGUUUCUCUGAAACUGCUAUGUUUAUAGAAAAAUGGGUUAACCCUAGCUGGACCUGGCACCCAGACCACUUCAUUAAGCUGAAGUGGUCUGGGUGCCUAUAGUGGUCCUUUAAGCAACAAAAUGUAGAUCAAAAUAAUCAAGUUUGUUAAUAUAUAUGUUAUGUUAUUGUUUUAUUUUUUAUUAGAAAUAUAUGUAACUCAUUGUGUACUGAUAUGUAUAUUCCCAAUUUCUAUUCCCUUCUUUUUUCCCCGUUUUUCUACACAAACGAGGAUUAAAACUACCAUUCAGGACAAAGGAUACGUGCUUCCAUCAUGUAUAUAUGUUUAAAUGACAUUGCCUCAUUAAUAUACAUUGACAGGGAAAAUGGAGAUGAUAGGCACGAUCAUAUGGUGCUCUACCAUUCUCCCCAUCUAUUGCCCACAUGCAAAAUGGCGAUCGUAUUACCGGAAGUGGCGCAGCAAAGUGCCUGACGUCACUUCAAGUUACGGACAUAACGAGAAGCAUGUUGAAAACGGAACUAAAUGAGCAAUUAUACACUCCCCCCAAAUGAAGCAUCAGAUUGGUUAACGAGCAGUAAAUUCCACCAGUGGGAAAUAGGACCACCUUAUUUGAACAGAUAACGAAGGAGCAGUGAAUACCAAUUGAGAAAGCCCUCAAGUAGGGUGAAACGCGUCUCGGAAUUGAAGGACACAUUUGGGACAUUCUUUAUUCAUUUUUAUUUGUUAUUUUUAUAGUAUUUAUUUUUAUUUUAACUGCUUGUUGGCAGAAUAAAUUUCAUUUUUAUUCAAGUUCGUCUUUGGUCCUCAUCAAGCUGCUCCAAGAAGGGAAGGUGUCCCCUCUAAUUGACACCUAUCCUAACAAACUCAGAGCCGGUUACCAAGGCUCUGAAUAAAGUGAGCACUUAUUUUAAGUCACAGCAUAAUCACCUUUAUUCUAUAAGUACUACACUAUAUUACUCUCCAUUGUACCAUCUUUAUAUCUCCACACUCUGAGAAAAAUCACCAACACUCUUAAAGGGGACAAGUACCACCAGACGGUACUAAAGCGCAAGUGAUCUGAGCCUAUCCCAUUCCAGGCUCUGUACCACGUGAGUUGGCAUUUUGCUUGAUUAUCUUACAACAACUAAUCAUUAUACAGAUUUACACUAUCACCUCCUUUCAUGUGUUCUUUCUCCUUAUUUAUGUAUAUGCUGAAUUUAAAGUGAUAUCAUUACAAUACCAGGACUAGAUGACCCCUUUUUGUCUCUCCAUUCAGUGUUAAACCACGUUCAAGCCGUUUAAUACUAAAUAAGGGUCCCUGGCCACCCACAGUCCGGCCCUUUCUGGAGGUGUGGCUAAGGCAGAGCUAACACACUUCCUUGUUGUCAUACCCAUCCAUACCUUCAGUUGGAGCUGUGAUAGGCUAAAAGCAGUCAGCGGACACAACUUAAGGCAAUUUUUUAUUUUUUUGCUCCUAUGCAAGGGCUGGAUGACUAUGCAACACUGCAAGAGCUAAACUAUAGAGGACAGCAGCAAAAGGUUUAACUUGAUAGAUUCAAUACUUUUUUUUCCUUCAACCUAUAAUACCAUGUAACUGGAGGUUUAAAGUUUUGUACAGAAUGUAGACAUCUGAUGGUCAGUCACCAGCCGCCACCCAACAAAGGCACUGUAAAUGGAAGAUCUUCAAAACCUGCGUGCUUCUAGUCAAGGCUGAUAGUUAUGCAAGGGGAGAUAUCACAAUUGAGUCAGCCUUGGUGCGGGAAAAUCACGGCAAGAGGGAGCUAGCCACACUGGAGCGGUACGUAGCAAGGCGAGUCUCUGACAAAUGGCAGUGAAUUCUAAAUGAUUAAUUAUUCCAAAAACUUUUGUGACCAUGAAAGCUGUAUUGUAGCUCCACAUCUCACCCUGCUUACUUUUCUGAAUUUCAACAGAGAGAAAAAAAAUAUAUAACAUAAUAUGUCUUUAGCCACACAUCUGCUGACAGUUUGGCCUGAAAAGGGCAAAUAUUGAGCUUUUUAAACCCUAAUUUUGUUUCUGUCUGUGAUUAAUAACUCAAACAUUAGAUUCAGCACCAGGCUUAUGCUUCCUACUCUCUCCCCUGAUGGCUGGGAUCAGAAUCUUGUGAAGUCGUGCCAAGCUUAUCUAUACAUUCAGCAUGAAAGCCUACCAAUUCUUCAAUGCUUCUUUGGGAGUUGCCAGGAAUCAUUUAGAAUUUUUUUCCUUUUAUCUCCAGAAAUGCUAUACAGAAAUAGUGGAGAUGCGUGUUGAAUACAUUUACAAUCUACGUUCAUACAUGUCUAAUUAUGCUCUUUUAUAGAAGACCAAAUUAAUCCACGGGUAUCUAUGACAUUCUACACCUACCAGCCAACAGAUGUUCUGUAUGUUAUCAAAUCUGGAACUAAAUUAAAGUAACCAUUUACAGUGGUUAUGGUGCCAGUAGUUACCAGUGUCUCUCCAGUGUAAGUAGUCAAACUGUUUAAGGAUGGUUUGACAUAUUAUCUGGGGUGAACCAGGUUACAUCACCUUCUCCACUGGAACCUGGAAGCUCUUGCAAAGAGCUUCCUUUAGCUCUCCUGAAUUUAGCCUUGCGGUGUAGGUAUGGCUCUUCGGCUGAGAGUGUCAGUUGAGCACUCUCAGCCAAUAAGCUAAGCCCUGUAUUUCCAGGCUUAGCUGUUUGCCAGGAUCAUCUAGGCAGCAGAAGAAGAGGCGAACGAAGGACCCUAUUCUUAACAUUGUUACUACUUAUACUGGAAGCGUGCCAUGGCACUCCGUUACCAUAGUCACUACAACAUCUUUAGUGGCUUGGAUGCUUGGAAUACUCCUUUAAAGCCGAUUGGCAGAUGCCUUGUAAACCAAAAUAAAGGGUUGGUGUGUUGCUUUGAAAACAUGUCUAUAUUGUAAUACCAGAGCUGUCACUUUGUGAUGCUGUGUCCACAUUCUGGCAUAAAGCAUCUUCCUUCUUUCUUUAUAUCUAUUUAUUGAAAAUCAAAUCUGAAUAAGCAAUACAAAUAUACCAGACAGUCUUGUAUGACAAGACAAUGGUGCAUAUACAAUUAGAAAUAAAUAAGAAUCGCGUAAUUGUAAGACAUGGAUAUAAAAAUAAUUAGGCAGAAGUAUUUAAGUACCCACCAGCUUUAAUUAAAUGUCUGCAGCUCCUCCAACAAAGUACUGUGGAAGACUUUCCAUUUUGCAAUACAAAACUAAAUCUGUCACUUAAAUCUAGUGUACUUUCCCAGUAAAGAUGCUUUGUGAUGGUACUCACUGUAUGUAAUAUUGGGCUGGUAGACAUACAUUAAGAUUUUUAUCCACUCAAUUUUUCCAUUAAAGGGAUACUAUAGGUAUCAAAACAACUUUAGCUUAAUAAAGCAGUUUAGGUGUAUAGGCCAUGCCCCUGCAGUCUCACUGCUCAAUUCUUUGCCAUUAAGGAGUUAAGUCACUUUUGUUUCUGUUAAUGCAGCCCUAGCCCCACCUCCCCUGGCUGUGACUAAAGCCUGCAUGUCAACUUUUUUUUUUUUUUUAAAUUUCAUUUCAUAUGAUGUAAACUUGCUUUAGAAAUUUUUGCCUCCUGCUCUGUAAAUUUAAAUUUACACACAUAUAGGAGGCUCUUGCAGAUUCUAGAAGGCUAUUGGUGGAGGAGAUAAGAAAUUCUAAAUUAAGCUGUGCAAUAAAGUUUAAACAUUAGAUGUCUCUUUACAGGAAACAUUUAGGAAGGCUGUGCAAGUCACAAGCCCGUGAUUAGGACUGUAUUAACCAAGUGAUUUAACUCCUAAAUGGCAGAUAAUUGAGUAGUAAAACUGCAGGGGCAUGAUCUAUACACCAAAACUGCUUCAUUAAGCUAAAGUUGUUUUAGAGCCUAUAAGGAUAUACAAAUACAUUAAAAAUAAAACUUAAAUGUGUAAAUGUACAUCAUUUAAAUUUCUAGGUGUCCCUGUCUGAUCUACACACAAAACUGCUGUUUAAUCCUAACUUAAUGUGCUAACUAUGCAUAUUUCAGGGAAUGUUUGGGGAGAGGAGGAUUGGGCUGGAGGGGUGUAACCAAAGGAGCUUGUACUCAAGGAGUUAAAGUGCUUGUCAUUGAGAUAAGGUUUGGCCGAAUUCCAGGAACAAUAGGUCAUCUGGCCGCUAAACUCGAGCAGGAAAUGAGCACACUUAACGAAGGCUCAUAGCUACAAAUAUGUCACCCUAUAUAUGUUCACAUAUAUAUAACUCGUGGUGAUUCAUUGAUCACAGUUUCUAUUUUUAAUUCAGAAAUAUCAAAAUUAUAUAACAAAGAUAUAAUCCAAAAAUUGUGAUUUUUAGUUCAAAAAUCCUUUUUAUUUUGACACCCGGGAUAACAUUUUGAUAUGAUCAGGUACUAUAAACAUUAAAUGCAAUGGGCCUUAUAAUUUUAAGUCGGAGAUUUGACAUUUGUAUUAUUGUAUGGUAGAUUCAGUAUAAAUAUUUAUCAGUCCAUCAAGAUCUACUUUACAUUCGUUUUGCACAAGAGCCGUGACUGCAUCACCCCGUAUAUUAAAAAAACUGCAUACAUUUUUUGGUUCUGUCUUCCAGUAUCCCCUCACCCCGUCUUAGCCAGUCUUGCUUCCUCUCAUAAGUAUUGUGAUUUCACCCAGGCAACCAACUCGCAAUCUGUUAUACUCUCUGUGUAUGCAUAAGCCUUUCCGGGACUUAGAUCUGACAAUGAUUUUUAUUUCCUUGUUUUUUGUUUUUUCCCUUUGUUAAAUAAUUUAUUUAUUUUGUGUUUCAGAUAGGCCCUGGGUAUGGAAUAUUCCCUACGUGAAUGCUCCUGACACACACGGAAAUAUCUGGUGUCCAUCAUAAACAUCUCUGAAAGUUCAAAAAAUAUUUUUGUAUUCCAAACACAGGUUUUUGGAGGGGUUUUUCUUGUUUUUUUUUAAACGGGGCUCCAGGAAGAGUCCUAAUUACAUUACUUUUAUUUUUUUUGUACUGCAUUCAAAAAAAUUAUGGAUUUAGAAAAAAGAUUUUUCAUGUUUAUUUGUGAAAAUUGUAAUAAAAUGCAUAACUAUUUUCAUUUUUA